AUGGAAUGUCUAACUUCGCCAGCCACCGCACCAGAGCCCAACUUCGGUCAUCCCGUCACUGUCCUGCCAUCGGAGCAAGGUGGGUGAGAAGAGCGAUAGACGUUGCGCAAUUCUGCUCUACAAUAAAUUACUUCACGCGCAAGUUCCCGGUACUGUGUCUGUUCCGUGGGGCCCCCUGUGGACGUCGUUGCGUGCGAGAGUCGAACUGUCGUUUCAUCUGGCGGUUUGCCACGAACAUCUAGACAGUGAUGGAAGCUAUGAUACUUUCUCCUGGUGGCUUAUAUGAAAAGAUUCAUAAAAGGGCGUAACUGUGCAUUUGACAGCAUACAAGAAAAUGAGUGUUUCUAUCAGCACAGAGCAUGAGGGGUAGUCGAGUCCGAAUCCGAUAUUCACUAACACAAAAGCCAGGCUUCUUGAAGGACACAACAUCUAAUUCCCAUGAGGUGUAUUUCCGUGAAAUUCACCUCUUUGUCAAGAAGAGCUGGGGAGUUAGUCUUGUCUGCAGAACUACCAUUUUUGUGUUUUUUCUUUUUGUUUGUAGGCAUUGAAGAUGACGGAGUUGAAAAAUUCGAAUUUUAACAUCGUAUUCGGGCCGUCACCUUCUCGAGCUGUUAUUUCAGAUACGCUCUCCAGUCCCGUGCACAGUAAUUCACCGUCCCCUUGGACCACGAAGUUGGACUACAAUGUAGCUGCUGUGGUCCAGCCUUCUCCGACCUCCUCUGAACACACCAGCUUCAUACAACCAAUCAAGAGUCCCACAAUUCUGGACAAGCAGGUAUGCCAGGAAUGUUAAGGGAUGCAACCCUUCAGAUAAUGCCCAGUAGUUAUUGCACUAAUGUCAGAUGUUUCGAACUAUGACCAUGGUGCUUUAAAUACAUGAGUACCUAGAGUUUCAGUGAUGUCGCUCUUAUGACAUCCAACAUCCUUAAUGUCUGCCUUAUUGACUAAACUGCGAUCGAGAGCUCCAUUUGCAGCUUUAUGAAAGUAAGUGAACAUGCUUGAGAGAAGACGCGCAGUAUUGUGUAUUUAUUUACCGUACUGACAACACAGGUUUUAGCUAAAAGCCCCAGACACACGUGUUUCGCCGAUCUUGUGUCGCUGCCCGACGCAGCUGCGAUGAGUUCGGCUCAUCAACGGAUCCCCGAGCCUUCCCCGUGUAUUUUCUGGUAAUGUGAACUCCAAUUUUACCCUGCCUUAUUCACGUUCCGAGGAAACUACUGUGCGAACGUGAUCGGCGAAACACGCGUGGCUGGGGCUUUUAGCUAGUACCUGUGUUGUCGGUACGAUAAAUAAUUACACAAUUGUUUACUGCUGAUUGAUGGUUAUGCCGCAGUAGCUGAUGGAUUUCAGCCCAAACAUUCAUAUCAACUUUUGGACCGUGCCUGAAAAGGUUGCUUCCGAAGGACUUACUCCAAGUUCGAGCAUUAAUUUCCCCGGAAAUUAAACAAGGCAAUGCGCACAGGAUCUAGUUUGUGAACCACAAAACAAUAUGAAAACUAGGAUGCUUUUAAAUGUCCGGCCAUUAUCAACUGGCAUUCAGACUAAAGAUCUGCCCUCCCUAGGUAUCAUAUCCAGUGCUAGACAUCUCAUGAAACGCCGUAAAUUUUUGAUGCCAAUCCCUGUAGCACACUAUUCGAUUUAGCAAGUUAGAAAUAAAGAAAUUGGAAACCAAUAAAAAUUGCAAAAACAAAACACUUCAGUUGACCGCCUAAAGAUAAAUUCUGACGGGGCAUAAUAAAUGGAAGUUUAUCGAACGGACGGAAUAAUGCCGAAUAAUAACUAACGUAAAAUUGUAAGCACCUAGCGUUCAAUUCACCGAAAAACCGGCAUGUUAGUUGGGCUACGUUCAAUUUACUUAUUAAGCAAAAAGGACAAAUUUUCUUUCAUUAAAACCUACUUCCUAGUCCCUUUUGGCAAGCACACCAAAGUGUACAGUACAAUUGAGGUACGAGCUGCUUGCAGGCAUACAGCUAGUUCCAAUGGUUCAGACAGAAUGGCAUGUGAUUGUGUAACAAGGCGAGUUUUUUGUGGUUAGCGUUGCUGGAAUCCCUCAUUUCCUCUACAGUGAACGGAACACCAUCCCACAAAAGUACGCUGUCUAUUAGGCGUUGUUAAAUACCGAUGUAACCGAGGGCAGCGUGGACAGUUGCCUUUGCUGAUCCCAAGAUGGACUGCUCCCUACCGUGGACAAUUACCAAGCAUGGGUGGUUUAAAAGGUGUGUAUUUGCGUGGGUACUUCUUCCCACACUUCACCACCUGGGCUCCCUUCGUAGGCUUAUGUAAAAAUAAAAUAUCAUCACAGCCUUGCAUGCCCUUUAAAAUGAAGGCAGGCGAUCAACACACGGAUAAAAAAAACUCUAAUCAAUUUCGUGCUGGAUAAAAAACUGAUUUUUUUACAUGAGCUCGAGCACGUGAAGACCAAAUUCUUUCAUCGCUUGCCUGACUACGCAAAGCGAUCGCUGGUAGAGGCGCUGUAUGAAUAGUCUUGGCUGGGCACAUAAUGGUAUUUUUUAGCGUCUGACGAAUAAAUGAUAAUUGUAGGUCGGUUACGGGCAUUCUGUCAGUUGAAAAUCGGUGUUACACUGCUAAUCUCGGUAUCUGCUCAAUAUUCACAUCAGAACGGAGGCGCCCUCUUAUCCUUGUCGAUCGAUAUAACCGCGAAAAUUUACUUUAUGUCACCGUACCCCUUAUCUGCGUUAACGGCUUUUGGGUAACGUUAUUGCUAUGUUUUGUGCCACACAAAUCCACUCAUAUUCAAGUUAAAAAUUUUAAAAUCCACACAAACGCGCAGCUCCGGCCUGUAAUGGUCUGCUUGUUUGUAAAAGUUUCUGGAUAGAAUUGGGUAUUUAUGCCAAAAACAUCCUAUGCUUCUCCUGUAACAUACAGUCAAUGACCGAUCCAGAAUUCUGAAAUGAAUAUUCGACUAAGACAGAUUACUUAAGUGAGAUUGUAUUAUGGAGUUUCUUGUGGCAAAAGGUCGUGAUAUUUUGGGCACGUCAGGAUGUUGAGUUUUAUAUGCCGCGUGCAACUACUGCACAUAAAAAAUGGCUAAUUGAAUAAUGUGUUUUUUUAAAAUUUAUUUUCGAUACCCUUUUAAAUUCAAAUAUAUAUAUUGUAGAAAACGCCUGUAAAAAUAUUCUUUCUUACACUUAAUUAGUAGAAAAUCACGUGUUCUGCACACUUUUUAGUCGAAGAGAAGCGUUCUUGGGUUUUAAAUAGUAACUGAUUGUCAGAUUUUUGAAAGCCAUGCAAUAUCCAUUCACGUGGCAUCCUAUAUGUAUGUUUAGUAACGCUUCCCAUAAAAUAUACAACAGAGUCUACAGCCGUCGCAAAUUUUCACGAGCCACAUGAAGUAUCUUUUUGGUGGCUGAAAGAAAAUAUGUUUUUCCUAGCGCUGAAGUUAUGCAACUGCCCGACUGAAUAGCUUAAAUGCAACUGGGAGAGCAGAUUCAGCUCAAAGUUAUUCUGGACUUACAAACAUUCAUAAACUGCACGAUUCCACUUUUUCGAGUAUAAAAUGUAAGUAAGGCGUGAUUGCCUACUAAAUGAGCGCAAUAAGGGAUGUUUUUUAUGGAGGCCGUCUAAAAAAAUGUAUUUGAAUUUAUAAGUACAUCAAAAAUCAUUAGGAAAAAUGCACACUACUUAGUCACUUGUUAAUGAGUACAGUAACUGAAAGAAGCCGAUUUGUCCAUUUGAGAGUCAACUUAUGGGCGGGCCUGACAUAUUACAGCAUUAUGCCGAAAAAUAUUCAGUAGUAUUCCAUCUAAGUGAGCCUUCCUAGUCGAAAAUGUAUUUCAUAAUACAGUUAACAUUUAAUGAAAUCGGUCACUGACCGUAUGUGAUAGGAGUAGUACAUAAGUUUAUAUUUUCAUGCACUGUUCAUGGGACAUGCAGUUACAUAUUAUAAAGGUAACUGGAAUCAUUCCACCUUUUAAGCAGUAACUUUCUUAUAGUGGAAUCUCUCUCGCCGGCUCUUAACGCAUGCCUGAUCUCCACUGCAACAUAGCUCUGACUUGAAGGUAUGCACAGAAAUUCCAGGAAACCUCCUAGGCCCUUUGGUACAUGCUUUGUGUCCAACAUUUGCAAGCCUAAGUCAAAAUACAGCAUUCUUAAACUUGCAGAAAAAAUAACGUUUUGACUGGCCGCUCUUCUCUAUGAUAUUCUCUGCACACUAACAGAUAUGCAACCCGGCGCUUAGGAAAGGUCUCCAAACACUUUUUUCAUUCGACAGUAAGCGUAUCAGGGCUUUCUGUGACUUUGAAAAUUGCCCUUCUAAUUUCACUAUGCCAUUUAUGCUGUGAUAUUUUCGUCGAUCAUCCGACAUUCUACAGCUCGAUUUUUCGCUUAGUAGAAAUCAGACCUCCAUAUAUUUAUUAUAAAAAAACGGUCAUAAGUGUUCAACCGUCGAGCAGGCAGGGGAGUUUCAAAAUCCAAGAAAUUCGAGCCAGUGGGACGCAUGUCUGCCGCAGUUGGCUUGAUCCCGCUGAACACAGUUGUUCGUCAGACUGAGAUGUAAAUAGUUACAAUUAAAAGUAAACAUUUGAGGCUCACGUAAGUAAUGCUCAGUGGAAGACGAUUGAAAUCGUAGUCCCCACAUGCGGAGUUUAUUUAUCCCAGCUUCCCUACUGGCAUGGAAGUCCAUUGUCAGAAGGCAACAACAUAACAGCAGCAUUUGCAAUUGCUUUUGACCACCCAACGGCAGGUGGAUAUCAGCCGCCGAUUCCGACGUUGUCCACCGUGUGCUACACAGCAAAGUACAGCAGGCACAUUGACUUGUGCGUGACCUAAUCAAUACUGAUGGUCGACUUGCGCAGCAUCUACCGCACACUCUCUUUCUCAUUUCCCACCUGGACCCGGUGUCAAGACGGUGUCAAGAAUGCGGGGAGGGCGGAGGUAAAUAGCACGACCGAGCUCUCAUCUUGGCGUUUCACUCCACAGCCCCUGGUCCACACAACAAAUGACCAGAUUUUUUGACCAACAACAACACCCAACAGAGGUCAGAAGGACGAGGAUAACUGAGCAGCCAUGCCCACUACACAGCGGAAGCAUAAGCGCAGCUUUCGGCAGGAAACCGGGUGUCAGGGAAUUGCCAGGUUGUGAUGGCCACGGUUUGCUGUCACAGGAUUGGCACACGCUGUCAGACGUUUUGACCGGCAGGUGAAGACGUUGGCUGAAAAUGCCCUCGUGUGGCUUGAUGCGGGACUGUCGAAUCAACAUGACGGUUCAGUUAGGCCUCAAAGUAGUCUGACCGUCAAUUUCCCUAAAACGGUCUCGUUGGUACGCAUCUCAAAAAUGUAUACCAGCAUGUUUGCAAAAUCGAUGAUUAAUUCGUACUCACAUAGGUCGGUCAAUUUUAUACUCGCAGUGCUCACAAAAUCCUUAUCUGUUUCAAACUUUGAAAGUCUACCAUGAAUUGACAAUGCGUUAGCCUAAUGACUUUCGUCUUAUGUUGUUGGUUGUCCCGUUACAUACAAGGGUCGUGCUUAUUAUGUUACAGACCUGUCACAAGAGCUCUGUUUCAGACAUUUUGCUUUAAGAUACUUCCAGCUACUUGAUAAAAAGAUUUUUCUGUUCAACUAAGGGUCUGGUUGAUACGAUUCAAAAAUCGGCUGGCGCAUGCGGGGGAGGGGAGAGUAGGGAAAUCCAGCCCUGCGGCAAACCAGGGCCUUCAUGAAUGUUAUAGGUCUGACACGCCAAAAGUCGUGACUAUGAAGGUUGGCAGGUCCCCUUGAGGACUUCUGUGGCGUGCUCACUCGUGUGGUACUUGGACCAUCCCUUCAGAUUCCCAUUGCAAGGUGCGGUGAACAGGUCGUGCGUGGCACGCGCAGACGGACUGCUUACAUUCGUCGAUCAGUGAGCCCACGCCCAUCUCCGCCAUCCUGGCACUGUUGCCACCUAAGGUGAGAGGGUGCAGUAGGUGCUACGCAAGCCGGCCUCAUUGUAAUUCACGCGCAAAUCACCGGUUCCGCCGCUACUACGGGGCCCACGGCGGAUGUCGUUGCUUGCGACAGUAAAACUGCCGCGUUUUACGGCUCGAGUUGAUGCGAGCAAACAUAUCGUAAGAGCCCAUAGAAGCGAAGAGACGAGUCCCAGGAAGUAGUCUUGAAGAAGGAGACACAAUCGCGGGGACAACAUCUUUCUUAGGCUGACGUUUCGGAGUCCUGCUCGAACGCAGCAUUAGAGACAAAAUCAUAUCUGCUUUUUUGUCUCCGAUGAUGGGUUCGAGCAGGAAUCCGAAAGGUCAGGCUAAUAAAGCUCUUGUCCCAGCGAUCGUGUCUCCUUCUUCAAUAUCGCAAGAGCUUUAUCCAAAGGUUUUUUAAGAUACCUGUACCUCCUUGGCAAAAAACGCUUUUGCCUAAAAUCUCUGACCUUUCACUGCAGACCGCUGAGCUGCAUUGUCACCUGUUUUUCUAAUAGAUUUCUGACUAAACGAUCGCUACUUUCUGAGAUUCUAAUGGCACUUUCUCCACCCGUUGACUUAUUAUUAACGAGUUCUGUAUGGCGAAUGUGCCUGCCCGAUCUUCUCGGGUUAAACUUCUGCCUAGAUCUUGAAUUGGCAUUACUCGCCAUAGUAGCGGUAUGUAAGCCGACUUGUCAUUUUCAAAUUUGUCGGAACCUUUACUAUUUCCUCCCGUAUGAAGAUUCCAGCGACACAACUGAGUACUUUCGUAUUUAAGAUAACGCGUCAGUGCUGUUCUUGGCUGUAGGUCUGCGUGCGUGAGCGAUUGCUCUUUGGUGGUGAAGUUGGCACCCAGAGCGCGUAAUUCUCUCCCCCCCCCCUAGUAAUGUGAGCCAGCUACGGGUCUUUCGCGGUUUCCGUACACAUUAAUUAGUUUAAUUUUUACGUGAUUUUGACGUCAGCAAGCAGCAUACCAGGUCGCUUCCUAUGCGAUUACUCUCAAGGUAAUUCUAACAGAUGCGCUUUUUUACAGUCAUAAAUAGUAAAACUUUUUAAUUCCUCUUACGAGGUAAUUUAAAAAGGAUCACCCUUGACUGAUUUCGAUGUCAGUGCCGCACGUUAACGAGGCAUGAGCUUUAACUAAGAGGAACUUCAUGUGUUUGAGAAUUCGAGAAUAUCUUGAAGCAGAAUGUCAGACUUAGUGCCAGGAAACGGACAACAGUUGAUUUGCUGCCUCAACCUCCCUGACCUCGAAAAACAAUCUGAUCCAGUUGUCGUCCCCUCAGACUGCCUGGAGCAGGUAUUGCUUCGAGUUGGUGAACGUGCAUCUGCUUAUCCUGAUAAGUCACAAUAUUUUCUAACUUUUUAUUUAAUACUUCUUAUUCCAUAGCACUUCGUACUUAUCUGUUGUCCAUUAUAUCCGAGCCUUAAAUAUUUGUCUGAGUAAGAAAUGAAGCUAUUGGUUGAUUACCGGAACCAUUUGAUUGGCAGUCUCAUAUUUCAUACUCGUGUAAGGCGUUCAUCUUCGAAGAGACCAGCAUCAGCAAAUCAGACGAUGCUCACGAGACAAUUUGAAUAUUCAUUGCUCGGGCUUCAUGUCAAGUAACAAUAGACCAUGAAGUCAAUUGCUCACGUUGCCGAGUUGCUGCUGUUUUGAAAAUUGUUUUCGUACCCUGUUCCCGCUUCAGUUGACCAGUCCAAGGGGAUUUUUGAUGGGAUUGACGAAUUGAAAUGCUUUCCAGGCCUAAGCCACAGAGGGUAAGCAUGGUCUAUAAAUAGAUUACAUUCGUAAAUUUUAAAAUAGUCAUACCUCCAAGCUAUGGUAGAUAGGGGCAUCAUCGUACAACAUUAUGGUUUCCAUUUACUGCUGGUAAAUACCAUUGCGACUGAAGACCUCCUCCAGGGUGUCGGUGAACAUCUUACCGUUUGCCAAUAAUGGCGAAGAGACGAGACCCAGGAAGCAGUCCUGAAAAAGGAGGCACGAUCGCUGGGACAGGAACUUGAUUUGCUUGAUGUUCUGGAGACCCACCCGAACACGUAAUCAGGGAUCUCGGUAGUUUAUGAACAAAGGGUUGCGGUAUUUAUAGCAUGAGGUCAAAACAUUACUGCAAAUCUAUGGAAAUUCAAGGCUCCCCCCUUCAUCAGGGAUUGUUGCACUUGGUGUGAUGGUUGUUUGGUGGCCGACAUUCGCGACGUUAAUUGAUGCAAUUUCAUUACGUGUGUCGGAUGUUGGUGUGAUGAUUGCUUGACCAUCUGGUCAACCGACCCCGGCGUUGGGAACAGAGUCCACAUGUGUGCUCCUCACGUGGCUAAUGACUCCGCCUGAGCGAAGUCGCAGCACCGAGUAUGGAAGGGGAAGUUCGUUGUAGUUGUUUAUAGACUACGGGCCCGUGAACAAUGACUCGAGCAGCUCUGGCUCACGCGGUUGUCACCUCUUGCGAAAAUUUCGGCCUCGUUGAAUUUGAAUGUGUGGUCAGAUCUCAUCGAAUGAGCCGCAACUUGAGAGCUGGCGUCAUCUCCCCGCACGGUUGCAGCGUGAUCGGCCAUUCGCGUUCGAAUCAGUCUUCCGGUUUCUCUGACGUAGUUGCUUUGUCCGCAACUGCACCAAAUUCGACAAUCGAAUCCAGACGUUUCUUGCCGUGGUAAUGGAUCUUUUAGUUUCGAUAUCUGACGCCUAAUAGUUGCUUCCGGUCUUUGUGCAACUCCAACCCCAAGUGGUGCUAGAAGGCGGCCGACAGCUUCCGAAACAUUCUUGACAUACGGAGGCGCUUGCCAAAAUUUGAAAUCCUGGCGGUUUUGCCUUCCGUCCCCUUUGCGUAUGCACCGGUUGACGAAUUUGUGGGAGUAGCCAUUGGCUUUGAACUCCCGUCGAUGGUAUUGUAGUUCGGCAAUCUUGUCUUUCGGCUCACUGCAGUACGUUUCAACACGCCGAUAGAGCGUCCCUACACAACUUUUUUUUGGUUGAUUGGAUAGUUCCUGUUGACGUUCGGUAGUUGCGUCGCAUUUUUCGCUUUCCUAAACGCUUUGGUCUUUAGGCCACCAUAAUCUUUGCGAAAUACGAGCGCAUCCAGUAAGUUUAGCUAGUUGUUCUCUUUCCCCGCCACCGUAAAUUUUAUGUCCGCGAAGACCGCAUUAAGACGCUCUUUGAACGUCAGUAGUUGGUCCCGGUAAAUACCACAGGCAGAAAAUCGGUCUGUGGUGUUGGAAGGCCAGCGACAGUAACCGUUGCAGGAUUGCCUAAACGAUGAUGCUCGAAAUCGGCGAAUCCAUUGUUGUUUAUGAUGCCAGUAGGUUCUUCCAAAUGUAUGGUCAUUGAAUCAUCGGACAUCGUCGACAUCAGCUCAGACAACCAAUCCACAACUCCAGGCCACUUGGAACCUGAAACCUGAACGUGAAUUAUUAGGUUGUCGAGCAUUCGCGUUUACAAUGUGGGAUUUUGCCCACGGGUCCACCUUAUGUGCACUGUCAUCGAGCGCAAUACGUUCUGAUUGUAUGAACUUUCUGGUCUUCUUCGUCGACCUUUCUCGAUCGCGGUAGUACCUGUGCAGAAUCUCGAGCGAAACCCCCGGGCAAAACAAAGUCGCCCGCAAUGAGUGUAUAUCAAUGACUGUCGACCCUUGGGAGGGGAAUGCCUACUAAAUUAAAAGGAGUAGGACUAUGUCCGCCACAGUGUUAAUUUAGUACUAGAGUUUACUAGAAUGCCUCUUAACUCUAUUGAAGUAUGCGGAAUGAGUUAGCUCACUCAGCCAUUAAUCAUGCCCAAAGCGACGUAAACCACCUGAUAACGUUACAGCUUAUACCCCAAUGAUAACGGAUGGCGAAGUUACUGUUUACUUAAUCUUGCUGGUUUUAAGCUCACGCCCCCAAUUUCUACUUCUAAUCCUACUUUCUCUUCCUCUUGGGGGAAUUUUUAAUGGAUGAUUUUAGUAAUCCUAAUCCAAGCGUCCCUUGCAUAUGUGCUACAUUGAUAGACAUCAGUUUGGUUUUCUUGUGCGUAGUAAUCUGAUCCGCCAUCUGGAUUUCUUCUUUUCCAUCCGCAUUAGCAUGGACCUGUCGAAUAUUACCUCGCGUCACAGGCAGCACAAAAACGGUAAAAUGCUUCAACAAGGCGGUGCAAGAAGUAGUUUACAGAGUCGUCGUAACUUUCGUUCCCUCUUUUCAAGCGCCUGACUGUUUGCCGCUCGCCAAAGGCCUGAAAACAAAAUUUGCUAUAGUUGACUCUUUUUUUGUCGUUGUGACGCAGGAAUGCGGGAAAAUUGAACAACCUAAGUCACCUUGUCGCAACCACACAGACACGCAUCACAUCACCUUGAAUGUCAUGCUUUAGCGCUAACUCGUGGCCUUUUCCGGGUAGAUGACAUUCGUCGCCGCGAUCUCUGACCGGUUCAGCGACAACUAGUGCGAGAACCACCGUUACAUCUGCACUUUUGCACCAGCCUGUGUUCUGCGUCCCGACGCAGUUUUGGUUGCCGACGUAACCAUGACGCGGAGAUUGAAUGAGCCGGCACGUUUGUCCCAUGUUCGCUGAUUCAUUGCCAAAUACUAAAUAGGUAUAAAGCUGUAGGCGUUUCGCAUAGAGAUUUGGCACACUUUUGCGUAAGGUUCUAUCACCUUAUCACUAAUGAUUAGUUCCAAAUCCGUUUGCAUGCUUUUUUAAGCUAGUACCUUUGCAAAUUAUCGAUAGGAAGGACAUGGAGAUCAAUGUCAGGGCCAGUUUUUAUACCGACCCCAAAAGUGUAAGGAGCAUUUGAGUUGAGAACAAUUAAGCUCGCGAGGUAGACGCGAAAUGGUCGGCCACAAACGAGUAGAACUGCCGGUAGUGUGGUUAUUUCCAUAAAGCAUGCUGUUUGCGAUCCAAGUGUUUAGAGUGUUUUGAAGGUUGGCCCCAGAGGCGGCUCUGCAAUUUUCUCUCAAUAGUCUACGAAAAUACUACUCUAACACAAAUAAUCGGAUGUAUAUAUAUGUAUAUAUGUCUAUAUAUUCAAUCAGGAAUGGGCGCACACUGAUCUAUUGGCUUCACGAAGCAAACAAGCUCCGUAUGGGUGGCAGGGGUCACGGACAGGCAACCAAUUACCAGGCCGAAGUCGUCCAAGUCAUAAUAGCAGCAAGGAGGGACGACAGAGAAUGCGGGUAGACUGAUACAGUUCUGUUUCGGGCUUAUUUUGCCUUCUGAAAUAUACAAUGGUAGAUGGGCGCUCACUGAUCGUAUGUACUGAGCUCACUCGUCCCGUUGCCCCUUACGGGCUCUCUCUCAAGCCCAACCAGCAGCCGCACAGCCCUGUGGGCUAGAGACGGAAUGGCAACACCGACAAAGACAAGGGAAACUGGCAUGACCAUUUCUGGCUUGUUAACCGUCAUUAGGGUAUGCAACGAGACGACUGAGUCCCGUAACGCGAUCGGAGCACGCCCCCGUCUACCAUUGUUAGCAUACCCGAUCGCAGCCAGCAGGACAACGAUCCCGUGGCCCCGUGAUUAAGGCAUUGCACUUCAAACCAACUGCUCGCCGAAUCGAGCCCCAGGUCUCCCACAUCUCGGCGGCUAAUAAGUCAGAAAUGGCCAUUCCAGUCCUCCGUGUCUUUAUCGUUAAUGCUGCUUUGCCUAUAUAUUUAUGCAUCUGAAAUAUUCUUCAUGCCGCCAGUAUAUUAUAAAAAAGAUAAAAUUCUUCCGAGAGGUUGACUUGCAGUCUUAGAGUUUAAUACCGGUUCCACAAAUCCAUCAUGCGCAUGAAACGGUUGUAUUAAUUAUCAGUUGUUUUCUCCCCCUGGGAUUUGCACGUUCGCACUUUAAGAUCAACAUCAUAUCGUCCGAGUUCGCCUUUAAAGCGAAUAUGCUAAUCGGUUCGAAGUUUUUGUUUUUGUCCUUUCCACCGUCAUUUUGUUAUGUUCCUACAUUGUAUGCAUCGUCGCCACAGAAAUGCUCUCAAAGUCCUUUUUGUUUGCGGGACUUACGCUCAUAACUAAGAGCUAUCAUUACAUAUUUGGCACUCAUUGCGUUUUAUGGAGAUAUUUCAAAGACGUUCGCUGGACAGUCUUCAGUAUACUACUGAAACGCCAGUGGGAUAAUGAGUCCGGCAAAAUUCCUUCUGUUUUUUGACAACGCAUCUUUUAAUUAACUCUCGCGCGUGAUAGACUACAUUAUUGUCCUUUUUUCAAGUUGCUUGAACAAAGUUUAGCUUUGGAAUAUCAUACGUUAUCCAUUAUUUCUCACCUCCGCCACUUGGAAAUUUACGCAUCUUUGGGAGGUCAGGGUAAAAAAUGACUUUGGACUGGGUAACCCAGUAUCAUUUGUCAACAGUCUGGUAAGAGUGUGGUUAAACCCGCAAACUUUCAGGAGCAUUCGAGCACCCUGAUUUAGUUAUGCUGUCAGUUUUCUGAAUCUCAGUGCGUCCUUCUAAACUAAAACCACGGCCAAAACUUCAGUCUGAUAAACAACCAUACCUGACUGCCUUUACCCAGUGGGGAGUUUUCGACAAUCCUACUUCUAAAUUUGCGCCAGUAGGAUAGCGAACUGGAACCUGUGCUACUUUUCGGAAAUUUAAUUACUCAUCCACCCUUUUGGACUGGUGCACAGUCCUGUCUCCGGUUUUUUCCAUCAUACGAUUGCCUUCAAUAGGUGCAGACUUAAGUUCACACCCAGCCUGCCUGCAUCCUCAAGAGUGAUUUGAUUUUCUCGUACGAAUCGUUACACUGAAGGAGGCACUGUUGAAGUUAUUGCCAAGCGUUUUUUUAUGGCAUUACCAUGAACGUGCUGGAUGGGGAUGCACCGAUCUCGGGAAAAGUUCACGUGUACCUUCCUCAAUCAGACACUGGGGGAGGCUUCUUGUUGCUAGCAGUCUCCUAAUGUCGCUGGUGGUGUAGGUGUUGUGUACAACAGUUGCUUGUGGUAUUUUAGCCUGGCGCCUCGUUAAAGUUCAUUGUAUGUAACGGUGCUACUACACCUCUAAACGCUGACUGAGGGGAUUAAAAGGAGAGCGUGAAUUUCGUCUCCCGCUAACCCGCCGAAUGGUGUUAAAACUAUAGUCAACUUUUGAGAGCUACUCUUUACGGGAGCCAGGAAGAGAGAAACGAUCAGUUUCGGUUAGUUAGCCAUCUUCAAGUCCCCAGACUCCCACGGAAGGCAGGAAGGAGUGGACGUUUGGCGCUGGAUUCUAUCCUCCAUUGAGCUCGACGCUUCAACGGUUGGAUGACGGGCUCAAAAUCAGACCUUUCAGAUCGUGAGAAAAAUGAGAGUGUUGUCGUGUAUGUUAAAUCAACAAACGCCAACGACGUAUAACUUUAAGCAGGCUCUAUCACAACCAACAUGGCCUAAGCCUCGGACAGAACUUGUGGUUCAAUGCCCAGCUAAACCCAGGCCCGAGCUUUACGAUUUCCGCAUCUGGGGUUGAACCAUUACUACCGAAUAGCCAAAAGCAAGUCGGAUGUGAUCACUGGAAUCGUCAUGCGACGACCUGCGAAGUCUCUCAUCAGGAACCCUGUUGCAAAGAGCCCGCCCGCAUUGUCAGCAUUGCUGCUGCAAAUGGAUCUGCUGGCAGACUUUCCUAGAAUUUUUGAAUGCACCUAUUUUUGAUAAUAUGCUGGUCUACUAAGCGGGAGGGCUAGUGACCUGCGUGAAGGCGUAUGGCAUACCUAACAACUGGCUGUACGUUAACAACUUUUGAUCCGAGUGCAGAGGGUACACAUCCUGAUCAGAGGCUAGACACGUUUUUUUCGCAUUUUUUACCUUCCUUUCAUUCAGUUUCCAUAAAGCUAAAUUUAGCCUUGGGAACUUAACCCUUUGGAUCAUUCUUUAGUGUUUUCUCAAAAUACGGAUCGGAGGAGUUAUUUAACCGCAGAGCACGGGUCACUAUGGCCUUUUAAGACGUGCUAGUCCGAUACGGGGUGAUAAACCCUGUGGGUUAAAAGGACUGGAAGCGUGUGCUACGUCAGAAUCAGCAAACAAUGGUCCUCACAACCUGGUAGGCGCUGGCGGUUCCCUGACACCUGGUUCCCCGCCGGUAGAUGCACUUGCGCUUCCGCUGGGUAUACAUGUGGCGGGCAUAACUGCCCAAUCAUCAUCCUCGUCCUUCUGACCUCUGUUGGGACGUUGUUGGUGAAAAAUCCUGACCAAGUGUAUGUUAUGGGCCAGGGAAUGUGGUGGUACGCCUAGGUACGGCUCCGACAGUGCCAGCCACCUGCGCCCUCCCCCACCUCUGCUCUUCCUGUCUCUGUCUUGAACUUGGGUUCAUUAGGGGAGUGUGGAAGAGGAAGUGCGGUAGAUGCUGCGCAAGUUCACCAUCAUUAUAAAUACUUCACGCGCAAAUCGCCAUGCCUGCUGCACCUUGCUGUGUAGCGACCAUGGAUAUCGUUGGAAUCGUCGGUCGAACUGCCGUUAAACCCUGCGACGGCCCUGGUCCACAGCCAGCUAGGAUAUACGGUGUCCACUCCGGUCACAUACGGGUCUGUAUGUGUCACUGUCUCUGAUGAUGGGUUCGGGCGAGAAUCCGAAACGUUAAGCUAAUAAAGCUCUUGUUCCAGCUAUCGCUUCUGCUUUUUAUCAACUAUUUUGUCGAACUUGCAUCUUCUUAUCUAUCGGCGCAGUGUUUAUUUUUACACUGGCAUAUUAUUGAGAGUACCUGCGAAGCAUGCCUGUGGUUCAACGCUGUGUCCUUCCCACAUACACCGACAGAAUAACUUUGUCCCAAUAUAUCGUCGAGGUUUUUUAUUAGCCUGCGACUAGAAUACUGCACCUAUAUAAGACUUAAUCCCGCACAAAAUGAUCACAAAUAUAUAUAUUAGUUUGGCAGAUUUUGAAUAAUUCAUACUGACCCAACUACGAACCCACGCAGUAAGGGGAAAGGUUUACUACAGUCAACGCUCUAAGCACUUGAGCUACGAGGCCCCGCCGGACGACGCGAGUUUAAUCACAUUUGGGUCAAGUUACCCGAUCACCUAUGAAUUAAGUGAGCCAAGACGCUAAGUUUUUCACAGUUGGGUCAAUAUGAAUAUAUAUUAGUGUUUUUGGAAGAAUUAUUUUCCUAUAUACUAUCAUCCGCCACUGACAAUACCACAGUUUGACGUCCAUGGCGUGUCUCCACGAAUUGAGGGCAGAACCGGGGAUAAAUUUAUGAAUAGCUUACAGUAAAAAAAGCCUUGCAGAGCACCUGCCGCAUCCCCUUCCCGCACCCCUGCUGCUUCAAUGUCAAGAAGUUCCAAAGCGGUCUUGGGCGACCGGGAGUACAAAUACAGAUAUAUGUAUUGCUGGCACUUUUCCACAAGGCUUACUAUGUUAGGCUGGGAACGCCAUCAACUAAAGAGCAGGAGCAGUUCCGCCUGGAUCAGUACCCGAUUACCCAUUUGAGUUUGUGGCACAAUCUUCGAGAAUUGCAGAGGACGUGUCGUUGUAACCAUUGUAACAUUCUGGACCGGUCCGGUAUAUCAGAUUCUCUUGAGAACCUUGAUCCUACUGCUAGUUAGACCAGACUGUCGAUACGUUAGUAGACUGAUUAACAUGACUGUAAAGUACCCUCCUUUCCAACACAUGCUUUUAACGCACGCAGACCUGCACACUCCCCCCCCCCCUGCAGGGGAAUAACUGGACCCGUCCGUAACACAAGAGCGGCGUUCUGACAGGUUUCCGUGCGUCUUCGCUCAUCAAACUGCCUUGACAGUUGUCUGCAAAGUUUGAAAGUGCUGUCAGAUCACAAGCAGCAUUCCUCUAGUUCAGCAGGCCCACGUACUCCGGGAUAUGCACACCCAGUUCGCGAACCAACUUCGGUCGCCUCUCACGUGACGGUGGUGGUGGUAGUAGUCGUCGUCAUCAGCCAUGAGCGAACUGGACGCCCUUUGGUAGCUGAAGAGGCAGUUUUGUCCGUAUUUUACCGCAACCAUGAAAAAUACACGUUUACAGGACUGUACGCAUAUUUAGGCCUACAUUAGACUGGCAUUCUCUGCUCUGGUCUGGCUUCAGGUAAAUUCACGGGUUGCGGGGUCCGCUGCCCUCGCAGUUUCUUAAAGUGGCGAUGCUAUGGUAACGGGCAGCCAAUAAUCAAGAAGUUUGAUUGAUAAAUAUAAAAGAGAAUGAACUGGUCAUUUUCGCCUUAAUCACUGUCCUCCUGCAACUCCCAUCACAGCCCAAAACCCAAGUUCAAGGCAACAUUCCACCUGUGCGACGUAUCAGGACAGAUUCUGUGUUCGUCAGUCAGCAGUAAUAUCUUAAAAUAAUAUGGUCAGUAAGAUUCAGAUUCAGAUGUCAACUCCUUACAGUCGGCCCUUGGAGUGUGGCUGGGCCAUAAGAUGAAAUAGGCCAAAAUAGUUAUUCCUGUCCCUCCGUUAUUACUGGUAAAGAUCACAGAUCACUAUUAAAUCGAUGCCAACCAUUGUAACUUAUUAGAUUGUUUCCUGAUUGGCUGAAACGUGCGGAGACAUCAAUGUUUGUCGUUCUCAGUCUACAUCCUGUCGCUUAUUGCUAGAGUAUGGCCUUUCGCUCUAGAUUUUACGCAUUGUCACGGUCUAUUGAUAUGUAUGCUGUCGGAUGCUUGAAUGUUCCGAAUUAACUGAUACGUUGUCGGGUAAUUCUUUCCGUUUUAUUCCGAAAAGAGGUUUGUUUCUACGCUUUUCUAAAGCACUUUAUAGUCUCCGUUUCUUUCUUGACAGCCCCUUUGAGGCUGGGUUGAUGCUAUUGAAUUGAGGAUUUAUUUUUCAUGUAGUUAUUAGACACGAUAAAAUGUUACCACAUUUAUUCAGUAUCACGAUAAGUAGAACAGUCACGCGCGGAAUUAUUGACUACUCGGUAUUACAGGUGGCUUCGCGCUAAAUUCCCGGAAUGUUCCUAUUCCUCUCAUAGACCUAACCCGAACCAUAACCCUAAUUCUAGCCCUCAUAACACUAAGGCUACCGUUGACUCUAAUCGCCUGCAAUUUCAGGCUGGGCCGCCUGUAAUACGAAGGCCUAUUUUCUCGCGUCCAUCCCUGAUGCCCUCUGAACUCGUUACUACUGAAUCUCAGAUGCAGUUUUACCUGCUCAUCGGGUAGGAUAGCAUAAUCGGAUCGAGUAGUCGCGGGGUUUCUUCGUUAAAGUUUGCGCAUUGUGCCAAACAACUUUUCGCUGAGUUUCAAAUCACUGGAUGAAGUGUUAAUGUAGGAUUUAAUUAGUAGUUUGUGUUUUACACCCCCUAUUAUCGAAGAAGGCCUUCGCUAGAUAAUGGUCCCCGCUAACCCUUGGCUGUGUAGUCAUUCUCGGGGAACCGUCCUGUCCCGUUUGUGAUAAAUGAAAUAUCUCACGACAUGGUGCAAAAUAUAUGGAUAAAUCCUCGGAUUGCAGAAGCAAUCAACCCCUGACCUACAGUUCAUAAAACUAAUGCUUAAUUGGUACGAUAUUUUAGUUGGGUAGCCAGGAAGAAGGAAGAUUACCGAAAACCAAUAAAUCUAAAGACGUGUAUACUGCAAUUAACUGAUGUGGAGAAAUUUUUGGUAGCGCAGAAUCAAAAGGGAUGCUUUGAAAGGAGUGAAUUAAAGAUCAUAUCCAAUUUCGAACGUCAGUUUAUCGGGGAUUUCCAAUCUUUGAAAUGGCACGACUGAUCACAGUGUUCGGUUUACUGAAGCUGGCCUCAUAAAACGUAAAAUGCGUACAUAAAUCGGCGUAACUCACUAUUGCUUCUAGUAACUGCUAAAUGAAAAAAAACGUUUAAAAAGCCAGAGAAAGUUAAAUUUAACUUAAACAUAUACUGCAACUGACCAUUUAAAGACAAGCCGUGACUGUGCACAAUGAAUGGAAAUUCACGGAAAAGAAGCGAUGAUGAAAGAUAACUAGGAAAACAAGAUCGCGAGUACUUCGUGGAGUAUCACCAGUGUCAAACCAUUUAUUCCAUUGUGCUAUAUUUAGUGUAUGCAUUAAGUAAUAAAGUCGAACUUACUCGCAUUUAAGGCUGCCUCCUGACCGUUUGCCAGUUUAGACAGCAACGUUCUCGGUAUGACUGGGGUGUGGCUGUUCAAAGCAAUAAAAAUUGUUCCGAUCGUUCAGGCGGAAUGGUUCGUCGUUGUGUAACAAGGUAAGGUUUUUGUGGUCAGCGUUGCCGAAAUUCUUCAUCUUUGCUAACUGCAUCCGUUCGUGUUUCGCACCAUGGACGGAACCAUUAUUCAUCAAAAUUAUGCCGUCUCUUAGGCGUUGCGGUGCCACGUAACACCGCUCUUCAGUGUAAGUCGCCCUUAGAACCCUUAAACAUGGACAUUUUUUAAAAGUACACAUUUUUGCCCUAUGGUCGCGGUACAAGUUCGUUCGGCAGAGAACAAAAUUGCACUUUUAUCUUAAUGAGGUCGACCAUCGACAUACGUCUUGACAGAUGAAUAACUUUGGUAAUCAGUUUCCCGCGCAAAACACCACUUGGCAUGGCAUCGCGCAUCUGAAGGUCAAAGUCCUCUAGUUGUGGGAACAGAGAAUACUGACAAGCGCCCCCUUAAUAGUCUGGACGAGCAUGCAAUGAUGUAUGUUGGCACCGUUGUUUAAAAUGCACGCACUGGGUGAUAGGAUAACAUUCAAAACUGUCUUGUACUCAGACAUUUUGCGCUGUUUUCCAAGGACCUGUUUACCUACUAAAGAGAAGCAUCAAGUGAGUACAAACGGUUGAGACGUUCGGUCCAGUGCGCCUAAAAUCCCUGAGCUAAUUACCCCUAAUGAACCUAUGAGGCUAUCCUAUGGCACGCGCGACAAAACACGCAUGCCCAUCUCGGUAAAGUUAAACAGUCCUUGCUUUUUCUGCCUUUGUUAAAAACAGCCCUCUGUUGGUGUCGCUGAGGCCUACCUGGAACUGGAGAAACACUUCCAACUGAAUCCCAUUCACUUUGCCAAAUGGUGGAAAGCCGGUGUGCCGGAGAAGUCACGGGUGAUGGGUGCCGCCGAUUCGCCUAAGCCUGUGACGCCUACCCUACUACCGGACACCACUGUCAGCCGUCGCGGUAUUCUCAAGGGUGAAAAGUUGCAACAACAACAACAACAGAUCCAGCCCCCAUUUCCCUCGUCACCCGCACAGCCUGAACUGAAUGCCUACUACGUACGUGACAGUCUAGAUCUGCCCACCUACACUGGCAAGGGCUCCUUCGACAGCUACUCCUCUUCAGGACAGGAGUCCUGUCUCUCCGAGACCUGUGGCUCUCUCUCCCGCAAGACGGUGCGCUUUGCAGGCGAUGAUGACAAUCUUAAUCACCAUGUCCUCCAGCAGCAACAGCAGCAGUCGCCGAACAUCCUAAGAAUUGAUGCGUCGUCUUUGGGUGCGUCCGGCUCGGAGGACUCCACCUGCACUCUCAUCCACUCCCCCUCUCACGGUUAGUAUAAAUGCAUAUCAUUCCGUCAGGCAGAUAUUCGCAGAAGAGCCAAAAAAUUCUAACCAAACUCUAAUGUUCUUCUUCAGACCGGUUCUAAUAGUUGAGGUGUUCUGAGGGCAUUCACACACUGUGGCAUAUAUACUGUGUUAGGACAUUAACACCAUGGUUUUGGGUUCACAUUUUCAUCUCAGCUGUACCGAAGACAGGCAUUUUCCUUUUAUAUAUAUAUAUGAGAAGAAAAUGCCAUCUUAGGAACCACUGUCAUCCACUCCCCCCUCACGGUCAGUAUAAAUUCUUUGCAUUCCGUCAGGUAGAUAUUCACAGAAGAGCCAAAAUAAAUCCAAACCAACUCUAGUUUUUUUGGUAGGGGGCGCUCAGCGGUCGAAAACCGACAGGGCAACGGGUUCCUGGCCCAGUGUUUAGAGGCGUGGACUUCUAACUAACAGGUCGCGAGUUCGAGCCUCGGGUGUUCCACACUUCGGGGUUACUUAUGACUGGCUGACGACGACUAGUAAGCCAGAAAUGGCCAUCCCAGUCUCCCUUGUCUUUGUCUGUAAUGUCAUUCUAGUGUUUUUGUUCAGACCUGCCCUAAUAGUUGAGGUGUUCUGAGAGCAUUCACGCACUGUGGCUUAUAUACUGUGAAAGAACAUUAACACCAUGGUUUUGGGAUCAAAUUUUCAUCUCAGUUAGACCUAACACGUGCAUUUUCCUUUUAAUUAAUUACGUAUAUAUGAGAAAAUGCGCUAGAUCUCAGUUGGUAGCCAGGAAUGGGGAAGCGGACGGCGAACUUAACCCUAAUCUUAUCCUUAACCUUAACCCUAACCUCGACCUUAAACGUUAACCGGUAACCUUAACGGCAACGCUAAUCCUAACCCUAACCGAAAUCGUAAGCGUAACCGUAAUUCUGAAACAUUAUCGUACGCUCAAACCCUAACCGUGACCCGAAAACCUAAGCCUAAAGGCAUAACCCUAACCCGAAAAUCAGAAACUAUCAACCGGUACCCUACUCCUAACCUCGAACGUAAAACGGAAGCCAAAAAGGUCAGAUGUACUUACGGAGUCCCACAAAAUAGCCCCAAUAAACAAACCCCCCAAGCCACCUGUAAAACGGGGCCUGGCUACCACCUGCGUUCUAGCCGAAAAUGCGAUUUCAGAAACCAUAAUUUUAUUGUCCUGACGCAUCAAAAACAGACAAGCUUCCAGCGUCGGAGAUGAGGAUGGAAUCGUGUCUCGCAGUAUUUAUAGGAGGUAACAGCCACGGUAAGACAGCCUUAGUUAUACGGGUCUAUAUAAGUCGUGCACAAUGGGGAAAUAGUAAAUCGGUUUUUUGGGCUCAUCGCCUGGAUACGCACAGGAAUCAUCUCUGUAGUCGCCGGACUAGCGGGAGAGGGAGGGUGACUGUUGUCAACUUGCAUGUCUCUCGUGGGGGGGGGGCGGCCUUUGAAUGUCAGUGACCAUCACCCGCAUCUACCUGAAUUUUGAACACAAUAACUGGCGUGGCCGGAAACCAAACCGAACAGUCUGUGGGACUUCGUUUGAAGCUCGCUCACUGCUCGUCACUUAUAGGUGUUAAAAUGGGGUAUUGCGUUGUAGUACUGUAGGAUGAACGAAACAAACGUUAAAUCAAAUCUUGGAAGCCGUGCUUUGUAUAUCCCCCUUCCAUCCACAAAAUUUGAGACACCUCCGUUUAUUUCGUUUGCCAAACGGUUAAAAUUUGAGACUAGGAAAUAUUCUCGGGCAAUUUCACUGAACCUUUGUCACGUGCAUUUGACAGAGUCACUUUUUUCACAUCAUGCAAACGCAAGCAGAAGGCUAGAACUAUACUAAUAGGGCUAGUAGAGCUGCACGGCCCCUAAUUGCAUAUUUUAGUUGGUCUUCUGACUGCCACUGGCCCGGGACGAUAAGUGCAGCGAAAAAUUUCUCAAUGUUUACCUCAUCAUUAGUUUUUCCUUGACUAGGACAAAAAAAAUAAUCAAUGUACUACUCUGAGUGGAGUUGUUACUGUAUUCUAGUGCAAAAAUCACCAACCACUGACGAUCAACCAUACUCAGAAAAUUCCAGUGGACUCCCAGUGCGGCCUACCACCCGCAGGGGCGCGCCAGGUUUUGCCGAUCCCUACGAGCUGGAGGAUACACAGCCGACCCCCGCCCAGCCUCUACCUCGCUUUCUGCGACCACUUACGACACAACUCGGCGAGGCCAAACCGCCUCGACCACCCAAACUGAUAAAAGACCCACACCAGCAACGUGCACGUCGUAUGACAACCGAUGUGGCCGAGCUGAGGUCCGCCAGCGGGGGCGGAUACCUCCGACUGCAUGAUCAGCGUCGGCACCAGUUACAGCAGCGAGGGGCCACCCUCGACAGCUCCCCUUUCGCAGCAGCCUCGCGCGCCCGGGAGCAAGGGGUGAGGACUUGGGAUGAGGUGGAUUCUCCAGUUCGUCUGAACGACGAAUCCUACGCCAAUGCCGAGAGCUUCCACCUGGCCUACCAACCAAACGGCUGGUUUCGGCGUGAGGCUGAUGCACCAACGCCGGCGGCCGACUCGGAGAGUGUUUCCGUGCGAACCGACAGUCUGCUCAGCUCGAAUCGCCGACGUCCCUACCGACCUCCACGGGUGGAGCGAAUCGACUCUUUAAAGUUGGAUGACAUUGCUCGCCAACUGACCUCCCCUACACUGCUACUGGACACACCCUCGUUCUCGCACUUCACCAGCGAAAGGACAGUCAGUCCAGUCUUUCGAGAUUCAGCCAAUGGGGUUUCUUCGCCGCCAACAGUGGACAGCAAUCACUGCUCCCCUGCUGGUCCUAUAGUGAGUGUAACUGCCCAUCUAUGGGUAUUUUGGUCAUCAGGGAAUGUAUAUGCUUGACAGAAGUUUACAAUUCUGCUAAAAAGCAUCAGACCUGUAGGUAGGAUGACCUGCUUCACGUUGUCUUGCAUUCGUAAAGAAGGAGACACCAUCGCUGGGACAAGAACUUUAUUCGUCUGACGUUUCGGAUUCCUGCUCGGAACCAUCAUCAGAGACAAAAGCAGAUACGGAUGGCUCAUGCAAAGUGGGAUUGCAGUAUUAUAGGAUGCAGUCGCCAUGCGUACCUAUGAAUAUUCACGGCUCCCUCCUUCAUCAGGAGUCGUUGUACUUGGUGUGAUGACUGUUUGAUAGCCGACAUCCGUGUCGUUAAUUGCUGCAAGUUCGUUACGUGUGUCGGAUGUUGGUGUGAUGACUGCUCGGCCAUCUGAUCCACCGACCUUGACGUUGGGAUCAGUGUUCACCUGUGUACUCCCGCGUAGCUGAUUACUCCGCUCAAGCAAAGUCUCAGCAUCGAGUAUGGAAGGAGAAGUUCGUUGUAGUCGUUUAUAGACUGGGGGCCAGUGAACCAUGACCCAAGCAGCUCGCAGCUUACGCGAUUUUCAACUUUAGCGAGAAUUUUGGCCUCGUCGAAUUUGAAUGUGUGACCGGAUCUCGUCGAAUAAGCCGUGAAUGUUCAUAGGUAUGCGGUAGCAUGGCGACUGCAUCCUAUAAAUACUGCAAUCCCCCCCUUGCAUGACCCACCGUGUCUGCUUUUGUCUCUGAUGAUGGGUGUGAGCAGGAAUCCGAAACGUCAGGCGAAUAAAGCUCUUGUCCCAAUGAUCAUGGCUCCUUCUUCACUACUGCUUCCUGGGAUUCGUCUCUUUGUCUUGCAUUAACUGUACCGACUACCGAAACCUAGUGCGUUUUAAUGAGCUCCACAAGAAAGCGCCUCAUUCGUCUGGAGCGGGAACCAGCGCUCUUAAUGCAAGACGCAGUGCUGACCUAUGUAUCCGUCACAAUACCUAAGGUUAGAGGAAUCCCUAAUGCUGACAACUCAAAACUAAAGUGUUGAUCUUGUACUUCGGAUAACUGCCAUUUUGCUGGCACAGUUGUUACGAAUUAAUGGUCCCAUUAUAAAAGUGUAGUGGAGCAGUCUUUUCUAUGACCUCCCUUGCCCUGGUUGUUUUUACAUGUGCCAAACGCUUUAGGACUUCCCUCUGGAAGCAGUUCCGCUGUUCCCCAAUGCGAUCCAACAUCCCUCAUUUUAUCCGCUGUAAUUUAUAAGACUGGGAUGUCACUGAAAUUGUCGACGGAGACGCUGCUAGAUACUAGGUAACGUUUACUGAGAUCUGACCCUCCUGUUUGAGCUUAAGUUAUAUUAUGUCACCUUUGCACGUAUCCUCACCUAUGUAGGAUUCGAGGCCCCCUAGUUUGGUUUUGUACGUCUGUGCUGGAAGUCACGUCGUGUGUAUGGCACGCGUAGACGAGUCAUCCGACCUUGUUAGAAACUGCCAGUCUUGCCUUCACCCUUUCAUUCGAGUAAGACGAAUGGGAAACGAGGAAGUGUGGCACCUUGUAAACUGGUUCACGAAGUUGUUAUUGCCGCGCUGACUCCACUUGACACGAGCGAUCAUCGUCGAUUUCAGCGGUCAGUCUCUCAUUCUGGAACAACUUUUCCCCAUCUCUAAACCGCUGGCUUGUGAUAACAUCGCACUCCCCACUACACAGGAAAGCUCUUUCCCAUUCGACCUCGUGUGGAGUCUAUUAGUAUCUCCUGCUUCCACAGGCAACGCCGACAUCGGACUAUUAACUUUGGUCCCCCUUCGCUUCGUCGUUCAGGUCGGCGACCCCGCUCCUUCUAACUCUUUUGCCUGACAAUGGACUUUCGUCAACACCCUGAAGAUGCAUGAACAAAAAUGCUGCAGUCUGAAACUUUCUUGUGUAACUAGAAACUCCGGCGAGAUCUUAUUUCGUAGCCGUACCUGUUAGGGGUUAGGGAUCAAAGUUACGAGUUAAGUUUUGGAGUCAGAGUUAGGAGCUAUGGGUUGGAGUUAGGACUUAGGGACUGGGGUUAAGGGGUUAAGGUUAGGAGUUGGGGGUAAGGGUUAGAGGUUGGAGUUAUGGGUUAGGGAUCAGGGUUAGUGUUUAAGGGUUGGGGUUUGAAGUAAUGGGUUGGGGUUAGGGUUAGGGAUUAGGCCGGGGCUUGUCUACUGCAGGCACGGCUACGAAAUAAGAUUCGACCGAAAUUCCGAUUGGUUUUCGUCAUAGGUACGUACAUUUUAUUUAACUGGGUACUAGUGGCUAGACACAUUACUGUUUAUGAAUCACAAAUGGUUUGGCAGUCAUUCAGCUACAUGGAUGUUCCAAAAUACUGCCAUACAUUUAGCACAGACCUACUUAAACAAAGUUUUUCUGGUAAUUUAUUCCACCUUAGCAUGCAGCUGAUCCAACUCCCUCUUCGUGCAAUCACAUGAGGGCAUUUUAUUUGUCUCUGCACACUACUGGUAGCACUCAGACUAACGCGGCUAACCGAAUGACAUUAGCUGCAUCUUUGCGUUUUUCUUACGGCGAUCGUCUUUGGUAUGAAGUCAGCAACCCUUUUAUUGCAAAUCCCAUCGCUUGAAGCCGUAGACCAGCUCGCGUGUGGCCCGCGUAGAGAAGUUUGCCACGUCGUUCACUUUCUCCCCGUCGUCCCGAGUCGUCAUGACGCUAUCUUGCUGAAGGAUCAUGUUCGAUGUGUGGAACGAAUGGGGUGGAUGUGUGCGUGCCUCCCUUACCAUAACUUGGCUCAUUUGUAUGUCAUCAGCUAUUCCUUUGUCUAGUUGCGGCCCCGGCCAUUUACGUAGAAGGUGCGGUUUCUCAGUCGAUUCUUAACUUUCAAAGACUGCGUCUGUCGUCCGAGGAUGCCUAUGAACUGAAGUGCUAAGCGAUUUAGCCUGCUCGGACAGUGAAACUGACCCAGCCCUGCCGACAGGAUGUUUAGUGUCGCGCAUUGGGGUUUGUUUUAUUUAAGAUGAGCACUUUGAUUAGGUCCUGUCUGUCGAACUUGCUCUUUUGCACUCGUCACUGACAGUGCUUUCAAGUACUUUCCAAGUAUCUCGUUCUGUUCAUGUACGGUGCAUUGCGCAUAAAACUGUCCGUUUAAAAAAGUACAAACACUCAAAAUAACACCACUAGUCUGCCUUGUUUACGGGUUUUUCGCCUUCAAAAUAGGACACCCGAACAGCACAGCAGCGUAGUUUGCUAUCAAAGUUAGCCGCUUGCUGUUGGUGCAGCGCUAAGACAUUUUCGGGAGCUUCUUUCUAGGUCAAAACUAUCAGAAUGCACUUCUUUCAUGCUGUUUAUUUUUUUGACAACAGCCUGUACUUUGUGGUUUCUUAUCUAAAGUGUUUUGGCGAAAAGUGCAGUAUACUUCCCCUCCCCCACUCCCAAGCAGGUUGGGAAGACAUUUGACCCGAAUUAGGACUGCACUCCUCCGGGCCCGUACAUGUGUGUAUUCGAUGACCCCGAAUCCGAACCGUACUUCAGCUCCCUGCUAAAUGCGUUCCAGUCCAAAGAAAUCAUUCCUUUUGAGGUCAUCUUCCGUCUUCUGGGUUGAAUGCGAUUCCACGACCAAUAGGCAAGCUGGCUGCCAGGGUCGAACUCUGAUUGGUUUGGCGGCAUGCGUUAACGUGUUGCACAGCCUUGCCAGUGACGACAUCGGUGCUUACGUUUGUGUUUCCUUGUUUUGGUGCUGACUUCCCCGUGGCUGCACCAGAAUUGCGAUAAAUUCACACGAGAGUGUCACUUCACCGAUCCGGUUGCAGGACGGAGCAUGUUGCUCGCUCUACUCCGCCCUGGGGCGCUGAUCCAGGACCCUCGCAGACGGUCACAUGGCGACAAGUAAUCAGCAAUCCGGAAGGGAUAACCCCUGCACUCUAGCUUGUCUUGUUCGGUAUUCAGUUUAGAGUAAUGUAAAGGUUGGUCAAGGACAUUUCUGAACGUCGAGCAUAAAUCACGACUAAUUGCGCGAGUCGCACAAUUGUCAAACUGUCUGUUUAAGCCAGUCAAAAUAAGAGACUAAGAAGUAGUGAGGAUUACUUUUAUUAUUAUUUUGCUGUUUGUGGUCUCUGGGCUGGAAAAUUAGCCCGUUUGUCAGAAAAUGCAUUUUUGAAGCUCCGGCAUAUUUUCAGACAUGCCUUUUGACACGGCAGGUUGGUUAUUAUUACCACCUUUUCGACAAAUCGACCAUCGCUAGCUAUGAUUUCCACCGUGUACCUCCACAACAUGGCGGGUGCAAGGACAGCAACGUGUGCGUUGCUUAAUUUAAGAUGAUAAUGGACUUGCGCAGCAGCAUCUGAGCUCCCUCCUUCCCUACCCUCUCUGAUCCUGGUGUUAACACGUCUGGUCCAUGCAGCGUGAACCAGAUUUUCACAAAAACAAGGAGGGGCUGCUGGAGUCCCAUAAGACUAGCAGUGCUAUAGAGACUGCAUCACAGAGGGGCUAUUGCAGCCUAACUCUCCGUCCACGGAGGACCCGUCACUUGGCAAACCUCCAAGCUGCGGUUUUCAGCGCACCGUAAUAGUUUAAAAGCGCUUCAGAUUCAGAAGACAAAGAUGCGAUCACUGGAACAGGAAAUUUAUUGGCCUGACGUUUUGGAUUCUCACCCGAAUCCAUCCCCAGAGACGUUCUUGGAUAAAGGUGAUGAUGGCACAAGGAGUACAGUAUUUAUAGAACGUGGCUGCCGUGGGACCAUGUGCGCACUGUAAUUAACAGCUCUAGAGAUCACCGCUGUGGUCGUAAUUGAUGCGGUGGUGGCUUGUCAGUCCGAGUCCGAGUCGUUAAUUGCCGUGAUUUCUUCAUUCGUGCUGGAUGCUGGUGUGACGAUUGCUCGGCAAACUGGCUCACUGUCACCGUGAUGAUUGCUCGCCCGCGCCCUCCCCACGUGACUGAUUCUCCUGCCCAGGGAAAAUCGCAGUACGGAAUAGGGUACCGGGAGGUCAUUGUGCUUGUUGAUGGAUUGCGGGCCCGAGAACCAUGACUCGAGCAGCUCGCGGCUGACGCGGUUGUCACCCCUUGCGAGUAUUUCGGUCUUUUGAAAUUUGAAAAUAUGACCGGGUCCCGUCGAGUGUGCCGCCACUUGAGAGCUGGAGUCUCCCCACCUCAUUGCUGCUGCGUGCUCAGCAAUUCCUGUACGGAGUAAUCUCCCAGUUUCUCCGACGUAGUUGCUUUGUCCGCAACUUCACCAGAUCCGGUAAAUGACUACAAACGUUUCCUGCCUUGUCAGCGGGUCUUUCGGCCUCAUGUUGUUGUUUCAGUGAUCGCAUCUUCAUCAUCUGAACUGCUACCCGGAACUUGCCUGUUCUCUUUGAAAUGUUUACAGUGAGGGGUAUGCGCUGAUUGCUGUGGAGACCAAGUCCCCAGAGCCGACCUCACACUACCUCCCCAGGUACCAGUCCACUGUCCGAUCUGGUCAGCCAUCUGAUGCGGGGAUUGAAUGUAACUGACUGACUGAACUAAACAGUCCGUCUGCAUUCAUCACACGCGACCUGACCCUCGGAUUCCGCACCGGGUUUUCACUCAAAAGAGGUUAGAUCGCUUAUCCCCUUACCUAUAACACAGAGCGUCCUAUUUAGGCCACCAAAGGCUAGGUUGUAUGCAGUCUGUCUUGCUGUGUGCAGAUAGUUAAGGGCCUAAUGGUCGAAGAUUUUAAAUCUGUUAAUUGCAUGCAAAUGCAAUGCCUGACCUAGAAGAAUGGGUACUUUGGUUUGAACGUCACCUGGUUGCCCCUUGCCUAGCGCGGAUAACUCGGAAAUGCAAUUCUGGUUGGUACAUUAUAAAAAACAAUCUUCCUCUUAUGAAAAUGUGUAAUCUUAGGUUUUUUUCACAUGAUGACGUGUUUUGUUGCUGGUUUGUCAGUAAUGCUGGGAACCUGCCACCUGAUUACUGUAUUCAGAUUGGCGCAGGUGUACGAGAUAGGCCAGAACAGUUUUGGUGGGCGUUUGAGUCGCCCUAUCGGAGUUUCAAUGAUAGCAUAGCACUAGAGUACUAAGCUAGAAAUGCGUCAUAUAAAAUGUAGAAUUGGAGGAUAUUACCGACAAACCCAGGUUGCAGUCGGAUGACAGUGCGUGGCUUAUUUAAAGCCACCAGUCAAUAACAGCCGAACCCAGGUGCUGAGACGCCCAGGACUUAAUGGGAUAUCCGUCUUCCCGAUUUCUUCCCGCUAACAGGAUAGAUGAACCACAAAUCAAUGCUUAUUUCAGAUUGAUCGAGGCUGGGUGCUUAAGUAGUAAAGUAUUCUGGGGCAAUAAUUAGCGAUUUCUUAGAAUCGAGUUCAUACCUCAAGCUCAUCGGCAUCCAAAAUGUAGGGAUCGAUCGGGUCUCACCUCUGUCUAGCCAGGCGGACAUACGUUCACGCACCGUCUUUACCAGACCUUUUGUUGUACGGCCAAUGUAUCCCGCUACACAGAGGCAAGUGGAUGAGUAAAUGCGAACUACUCAGACGAAGCUUAACUACAGGUAUGCCGAGAGCAUUCCCCGCGACGAAUUUACGCCUAUACUUCACAAACUCUUCCCUCCUAUGUUGGGGAGGUAGAGAGAGACUACCGUUGGAGGCCGCAUCAAGGUGCAUUUACUCAUUCACUUGCUUCUGUGUAGUGGAAUACAUUGGCCGUACAAUGGAAAGUCUGCUAAAGGGGGUGCGUGAACAUAUGCCCGCCUGGCUAGACAGAGGUGGGACUUGAUCGCUUUCGAGUUCCAUCCUCGCAAAUUUAGUCGAUACGUAUCACCGAGUCGAUGCCAAGGAGGCAUUUCAGAUUGUCCACCGGACACCAACAAGCUUUUCUAAAGGCCUACGUCAACUAGUGCUGGCAACGUCCGAGGCAGUGGCUAUACGGCUAACGAAUCCGGUGUCAUGUUCUCAGAAAACCCUGACAUAAGUGUUCUCCCUGCUGUGACCAACGUCAGCCUCAAAUGAUGACGACAUGCCGCCUCAAAUUUUUAAUUACAGUGACGGGUACUCCGUGUGCUCAAUCCAAGAACAUCACUCAAGGACUCUUUUACCCCCCUCCCCUAGCUCUGAGGACCAGAACCCGUCGACCUUGUCAUGCGGGCGGCUUGGGGAAGAUGAGUGCUAAUGACCUAAUAGCCCUUGAGGCCCCUAGAAACACUGUUAAUUUUGUGUAUUUUCACUUCUCUAUGUAAUUAUAUUGACUUGACGAUGAAUAACCGAAACACGUAUUUGCCAAGUAUUAUGCUUGGAGAAACAGGAUGCUUCGGUCUAAAAAAUGUUUUCAAUGUUUGAAUAAUUUUGAACCCAAGUUUCAGUUGCAUUUGCAUUUAGGGUUUCUUCCUUCCGUUAAAUGGAAAUCGUAAAUUUCUUUACUUUAUUAAGAUGAAGUCAUUUGUGACUCUAAUCUUUCAUAGCGGUUGUACAUCGUCUUGUAUGCUUUUUAAGAGACAUCAGUAAACAGGUAGACAUGAUACUAAACAAAUGGACAUUUUACGGUCCUAUGAAAUCUCAUCAUGAGGAACUUUUUAAAUAAUUAAUUAUUUACGGAGGAACUGGAAAGAAGCCCAUAGAGAAGCCGUCAUCCUAACGUGACCGAGAUAUCUUUGGAUUAUGCUGCAUGACAAUCAAUAAGUAACCUUUUCUAGUUGAACAUAAACUUAAGCACUUCGGUCAACAUUUCGCAAGAAAGGCCAUCCAUAUGAGUGUUUUGUCCUAGAUCUUUAAAGCCAUCUAUGCAUAACUGCGCGAUACUCAAUGUUGCGACCUUACCUCAGUAGUCCUUUUUAACCAUAAGAACAUUUCAGAUUUUCGGUUAACAUCUCAUGGGAUAUGCUGGCUACUGUUCUUCUGAUCUACCUUCCCUUCGAAUAUCUUUCUAUUAACCUAUGAAAACUUCAUUUAAAAAAUCGAUAUAUUUUGUAUAUCAUGAGACGCAUUUAAGAAUUUGGCUGGAUUUCGUAGCUCGGACCGGCGUUUUUUAUACAUCGGCCCUUUGGGAGAAAUCCCUUUUGAAAAGUUGUAUUUUGCAGACGCUUUAAGAUACCAUCUUUUGAUACACUUCCCGAAUUCUCCGUGCUUAAAAUUUCCAAAAUACUUACAUAGAACACGAAUGAGCGCGCGAUCCUAAUUCUGACCUUUCUAAUGUGGCGAACUACUAAAUAUUAUUUGAGCAAUUCUGAUGCAGUUGCAUUUCUUGGUAACUGAGGCAGGCAGCUAGCGGACAUUAUGUCACGCAUUUAUUUAGACAAACUGCUCUAGUUAGUGGAUUUGUUCAGAACCCAGUAUUUCUACUUUCCAGGUCAAUUACUUUUUUGUGUGGCGGCGAUCAAGAACAAUGUUCGCCAAAGAAACAAAAUAAAAAACGCAAAUUUCAGUUCACAGGUUUCGUGGAUAGCUGAAAAGGCGUUCAUUCAGGGAUGAUAGUCCCUGCUUCUGUCCACACUAACUCUGUUUGAGACUUAUUUUUGCUUGAAAAAGCGUUUGAGAACUAGUUCUUUCGGGGGUUUUGAUCAUCCCUCAUCUCUGACGUCCUCCUGUCGACUCUGUUUAACAGUCUUAGAUAGUCCUCCGACCUGGAGUUUCUGUGGACCGUAGAGUCGAAAGUUUCGAUUUUUUAUAAAGUGCAAGAGAUCAAACCUGGAUCACGCCAUCGCUGGGUUUAUUAAGUCCCUUUCCCAUUAAUGACGUGAUUCCCGACUUCUACGGGGGACUUCCUAAAAUGCGAACACUGCAUUUAAUUGAAUUUGCCUACCGCCUAAGUAUUUCACAUGGAACAAGCCGGAAGCUGCACACAUGCUCUUUCGGAUGUGGCUGUUCUCUCACUUACGUCAAUUUCUCCUUAUGCCUGCCAAAGCUCGUCCUGUUACCCAAAAAUCUCCCUGACAAUGCAAAUGAAAAGGUGCCAACAGUCUACAAUAGGAGACAUUUUAUAGAUACUUAAAAGUAUGAGCUAAGUAAGAAGGACUUACCUAGGAGAGGUUCCAUUCUUGAUUCACGUGCAUCAUAAUCGCAUAGUAUAUUACAGUCACGCCUGAGUUCCGCUCUUUUAAUGCGCGUUUUUUGGCGGUCUGCAGAAAUCUCAUUCUAUAAAAAUGACUACUUAAUUGGCGUGUGUAUUUCACUUUGGUUUUUAGUGCCCCUAUAAAUUCAAACGAAUUUUACACUAAGCACGCAUAAACUAUUAUUGCACUUAUUUUGUAGUUACCUGUGUUUUCUUCAAUUUUUCAUUCAAAAAAUCGAUUCCCGUUUGUUAUUGCGAGAUUUUUAAAACUGCAAAAUGUGUAUCCGACUAUCUUGGCAUAUGACCGCUUAUUCAUGCUCCUUGUGUAGUGUAACGCGUAAUCUACAUCAGUGUGAAUUUCUAUGCUAAGACGGCACUUUCCCAAUACCUUUGGGCUACAAAAUCAAUGGAGAGGAUGCCUACUUUUAAAGUAGUCGUUUUUGACGACUAAAAUGUCUUGGAAAUCAUACUGUAUGUCAAUACGUAGCGUGACCCCACCUUCCUAACCGAGAUCAUAUUUCAUAAUUUCAGUUAAUGAUUCAAGAGAUCUCAUCUACCUUGUUUCCCCACUGAUACUUUAGAAUCAUUGUUUUCGGACAUAUUUUAGGAAAAUGCGGACUUAUUCGAAAAUUGAGGAUCAGUUGCGCGUUCUCUUUUUUUAAUCAGAAUUCACCCUGAAACACAAUUGCGGGCACUGGGGUCUGUGCGUUCACCUCAGUCUUUUUCCUAACACCCAUCGCACUGCCCUAAUCAAACUAAGUCAAGACUCUCGGAGGUGAGCGUGGGUGCAAUGGCCGGCAAAAGUAAUAAUUUUGUAUACGCGUCACACACGUACGACUUGGUUUCUCACACACAUCAAGCUUCAAUUCAGUAGGGCAUUCUCGAUGUUCACAUUAGUUUGGGCGCCGUCUAAGCCAGAGUCUAAUGACAGGGUUUUAAAAGCGUAUGUAAGUUCAUUACAGGUGUUACUUUUGAAUUUUUUGUCUCAACGAACUCCCAUUUACUCAUGGGACACUCUUCUCUAGCCUCUGGUAUUCAUCUCACUGAAUCCUCAUUCCUUCCCAACCCCUAGUCCGACAAUCUCAAGUCGCAGCACAAUGGAUUUCUCGAGUCUGGCCAGGGAGGUCGGUUUAAUCAGCAGGUUUCCCCAAAUGCUCACUUUCUACGGGCCUUUCAACCGCGACAACCAGAACCCCUCGGGCAGACGCCCGCCGCCCAGCCCGCAGUUCGAAUUGUACCAGUAAAGGUAGUGCAGGAUUGUCCGGCGUCCAGAGCUGCAAACACUGUCAUCACGGCGCCGGCUGACAGCACGGAAUUCCCAAAACCCAGCCGACCAAAACUCCUGCCGAGACGAGGCUCGCUGACUCGAGGUCGACCGCUGGUUGGGCCUCCUCAGCCCCUGCCCAGAGUACGUCUCAUUGCCAUAAUUUCGCUCUGAAACCCUGAUAUACAAUGUCUCCUUCCGUCCGCAGACCUGCAGUGACAAUGCUAAUUCGGUUAAUUUAAUCGAAAGUUGGCAAGUUCCCCUUUUUAAACACGCAUUUAGUUUUAGCAUGCAAAAACCUUUAACCAGACGGACAAGGUUUUAGGUCCAGCGACCGCAUCUUGUUCUUAUUAAUGGCUUUUUGGGACCCGCAUUUUUUGCGUGUACCGGCAACCUUUAAACGCACCAAGCAGUGACAAGGAUUAAGUAUAUGCGCGGGGUAAGAAAAUGCCAACUGUUGUUUAACAAAUUCAUCAGCUUUUUAACGCUCCUGCUUUGCUGACAGACGUGUGUAUUCCAUCUACUGCUAUUUCGAGUAUUUCUUCCUGCCCGAUUGUUCUUCACCACGAACGUUUUUUAAAUUGAUCUUUCCUCCGCCUAAAGAACUAAGUGUGGAGUUUGCAGAACAAUGAACCAAUGUAGGCGUUUUUGCAGCACUGACUUCUCAGGACGGAGCAGGUCAGCAAGCGUCAUCCUGUCGAUAAGGCAUCGAAUAUAAGCUCUACCAAACAACAGCUACUUUUAAGAAUAUUGUAGGCAGUUCUCCAUAACAUCUUAUUCCGCGCAUAUACUUAGCCCUUACCUAAGCAGCCAAUAGUUGCAACUAACUGGCGAUAUUUUAAGUUAAGUUAUAGGAAAUUUGGACUUUUGGAGACAGUUAAGUGGCGGUUAAUUCUAUCACCUGACGCCUUGUUGUAUAUUGCCGCGAAUCAGUUGCAACCGCUACACCAUCCUGCACCAUUCCCGGUUGUCAUUUGACCGUCUGUGAGGACUCUUGAUUGAACACCAAUGCGUGACGGAACUAGCAUUUUCUGUAACCUGAUCGGUCAGCCCCGCCCCCCCCCCGCAAGGCAGUUUAUAAUCCCGAUCGCUAGCGAUGAAACAGCCCGUCCGUCAUUCAAUUGGUAGGGCGUUGGAGUAAACAACGCCCAGUGACCGAAAACGCGGGAACGAAGCUCAGCUGUUACAAACGCGGGUUGGGUUAAAGCAAGCUGACGACGACUAAUAAACCUGAAAAUGUCAUUCCAGUCUCCCAUGUCUCUCCCGGUAAUCGCCUUCCGCCUUCACUGCUAGGUGUUGUACGGCGGCUUCCGGAGCUCUGCACAGGACCCGAAUGCGUAAGGGGACGGUCAUAUCCCGUAACCUGAUUGGUGAACCCCCUUCCUACGAUUAUUUAUACUCCUAAUUUCGACCAAUGUGACCAUCAAUCCAUGGCCCAUUUGGUAGAGCGUUUUCCUGUGCGGUUUCGACACAAAGUCGCUCAGUUCAAAACGUAGGUUGGGUUAUUCGUGCCGUAAAAAAGGCGUUAGUGCGCACGGUUUCGCAACGCGCCGGCGACUCUUCUAAGGUCGCAACAUUUUCCCGUAUUUUGCCAGCUGUGAAGGCUCGAAUCCUGACUUAAAUCUGAUAAGCAAAACCGGUGACUCCAUCACUCUUGUAGUUGAACAUGAACAGACCUGGUCGGUGUGCGUUCAUUCAAACUCAGCCAGCUGAGGCCUUCUUUAGCGAAUGAGCUUGUUAAACGGAUUUACGCUUCGGUCUUACUACUCCUAUUAGCCCUGUGAAAAACAGGUUUCUACGACCGAUACUUCUUCCUUCGCAAAUGACAAGGACUGACACUAUCCCGCGAGCUCGUUUUUGAGUUGUGCUUUAUUAGCAUCAUACAGGGGAGUUGCGUGACGUCGACCUUACGCCACUCCCACUUUCGAUGUCGGCACUGUCACAUACAACCUUAAAUCUCCUUUAAGGUGUGCCGCAUAUCAACGGAGUUACUUUGAAUACCUUUGCGCCCUGAACUUCAAUUCACAAUAGAGCCGAUCUAUCUUGCCGGUGGGCAUCCUUCCAUGCCCCAGCAUUUAUCACGUCGUCAUAUUUUUAGGAGCGCGGCGGAUUGUUUAUAGCGCGCGUAGAACUACUGCGAGGAAGGCUAAUUCAGGGCCGCUCUCACCCAAUCUUCCCUCACACGUUACAUACCAGACACAAGUUGUAGUCAUGUCGACACAGGGAUGCGCAAACGAUGACUAAUCUCGAGAAAUGUUAAGCGAAAUUCUGAAAUAUGUUUUCGAUUGGGAACGACCACUUUCGUGGGGUAGUAAUGCGGAUUAUCACGCAGGAUGAUCGAAGGAAUUUCGGUCGCCUUAAGAUGCCGGCUAUUGAAUGCAAUUCUUUUAGACUGCCUGCGGAAAUCGUAUUUAGUGAAAAAUAACUGCCUAAUUAGUAUAUGCCUUAUCGAUUUUGGACAUGCUUGCUAACCCAAAUAUAAUUUAUAGAAAACGUGCUCAAUAUAUCUUUUUCCCGAUGCCUUUUGAAGCAUAUUACGUCAUUGUCAAAUUUAACAUUCGAGGAACGAAUGUCUUUCGGUUUUACAGUAUUUUUAAUUAUUGUAUGUCUCACGACCGUAAACUGUCCAUUUAAAUGUCAGCGUAUCUGCUUAUUCAUGUUCAAUAUCAGGUAUGCAACAUAGUCCACAUCUUUUGUUUAUUCUUGCGGGCCUUAUAUGGCAUGUUCUUAACGGUGUGAAGGAAUGCAGGAUUUUUUCCUAUAUGGAAGUUAUACAGCUUGUGGGCUGUAAACGCUAAAAGCCAAUGCAACGACAGACCGGACUUAUAAUUAUUCCAAAAUUGACAAGCAAUUUUAAUGACUAAAUAUGUUCUUUCUUUGAGUAUAAAAUGUGAAGCCCUGGUGUGCUACUAAAUAGGUACAAGAAAGAAUAUUCUUACGCAUGUUUUCUCCGAACUUUGGAUUUUUAAGGACGUCGAAAACACACUAUUUACGUAGCCACUUCUAAUGAGUGCGUUUCCUACAGAUGGCGGAAAAGAGGUGCAUCCAAAAGCCGUCAUCCUGACGUGACUAAAAUGCAUCGGGAUUUUGCUGCAUAGUAAUCGGUAUUUCCACUCCCCCCCUCACUACAGUAAUCCUUCAUAAACGAGAACGCUUUUUGAGAUUUGGGUGAACAUUGCAUGCGAUCGGCCGAUGGCUGCAUUAAGUGCAGUGGCCGACCUGGUUUCAUCUUCCGUCAAAAACUCCCACGACCCCGGUUUUGAUUAAUCACAACUACGUAGGCCGUUUUAAGUAGCUUCUAGUACUCACUUUCGGCACGCAAUCGGAUUGUCAGCUGCCUCUCUGACACAGAACGGGUUUUGCCGUCUUGCCGAUCAUACAUGAAACAGCAACGACAACGAUAGCGAGUAGGAUUCACAACUAACUAACUACCCUGUGGGCCAUUUAAUACGUUGAAUGGUUGAGGAGGGGGUUUUACGGGUGGAGCAACACACAGGACGGAGAACAAAACGACACAAAAAAUAGACAAAUUUCUCCCGAACGUCUUGUCGUGCGCUGUCAUUUGGCAGAAAAAGUGGGCGUGAUAAUUCAAAACAAACAAUAAGCAGUUUUUAAGGAAUAACGAACUUUGAAUAAACCGCCCCUUGUAAGUUUAAAUUUAUUCAGGAAAGGAAGGAACUUUCACACGAUGGAAGCGGCGAAUACUUAGUGAUGUUUACGGUCACACCUACGGUAUAUUUUGUGAGUUCUACACACUUUUGGUACCGUAGUAGUAUUAGGAACGCCCUGUCGCAAAUUUUAACUUACUUAGCUCAACUACUGAUCACUAUGGUCAACUUUGUACAAUAAUGCAUUUGGCAUCGAAAUGCUUGCACCCGUAUUCAGUAACCAUUUCAGCGAUUCCAUUUCGGCUCAUGACCAUUGCUGACUUUUAUGAAUGCAUGGUAUGCGGUUAGAAAUACUUAUUAUUUUAGAAAAAAAGGUCAGAUGUGCUUAUGUAGUCGAACCUGAGGUAAAAAAAACCCAGUCACUUGUAAUACGGAAUCAGUGGUUAUAGGAGUUUUUACGGGUGGGGCUGGUAAACGCACAGGCGACGAGGUCAAGUAAUUGUAUGCAAAAGAAAAGCUAUUAUGAAUGCGCGGUUGUACUUUGAGUUGUUGAGAAUUAGUUGCCCUAACCGCUAACCCUAAACUCUUAUCCUAACCCCUAACUAUAACCCCUUACCCCAAACCAAACAGAAUUGUGUCCAUCAGGCGGGGCUACAUAACCACAUCUUACAGAAUAAAAUAAAUGAUAAGACAUUGGUUGCUGAAAUAUUCUUAAUUUUGCGAGAACGUUUGAACCCUAACACUGAGAUAAAACGGCAUAUCGAAGUUAAACCGCGUCGACGCUCUGGUCCGUGUCGCAGGCAAUCUUGCCUGUUUUUUUCUUUCUCAUAUUAUUACCCACCUUCUUUUCCGCCAAAUAACUUUGCCCGAAAUAGUCUAAAUUUAUUUGGAUAAAUUCCUACGAACAUAAAUUGCACUCCUUGAUUUCGAUGGCUAUGUUCCCGCCUAGCCCUAAAACUCCCAACACUAAUGGAAUAAUGGCGCAGUUUUAAAUCUACGCGUAUCGCUGGGAAAAUUGUCUGUAGGAGGCGUUUUACUUUAUAUCCCACUAAAAGGAUGCUUAUAAUUAUGCUGUCGGCAUCUCAUGUCACAUCUCCGAGCCCCUAACCAGCCAUUUCUGUCGCUGUGGAGACACUUUUAUGUGGCAAUUUAGUUCAGUUUGUGGUUUACUCGCCGCCAGACCGUCCCCUUAUGUUGACAGCGUUGUGGUAAUGGUUAUGGCUGUGCGAGUUUGGAUGGUCUUUCUGGUGUAUGAUAACAUCGUUUACUGGCCCCUGGCCUCGCCUCCUUACUAACUUGGCUAAAUAUCAAAGUGACCAUGCCGAAACAGCAAGAACGUCGAGGUAUGCAACACCUGCCUUGUCGUUUCGCUGCUGGCCAAUCCGUGCGCAUCAAAGGGUGAAUUGGUCCUCGCCAGCGAAUAACUAACUGCAGAAUUCACUUGACGACUCCAUUGUGGAAAACUCGGCGACCUUGGUUAGAUUCGAACCCACGACAGCAGACGCAGGGCUUGAGUACAGCGAGCGUUCAAGCCAUCUGAGCUACGAUGCGCCACGGCUAGUCGUCAGUUUAAACACCUAUUCUGACAGAGUAGGCUGAUAGCCCAAGCAGGGUUCCUGAAACAAUGAAUCUGGAAUCCCCCAGAUUACUUCCAGGCUCACUGCACAAUAACGGCCUCUUUUAACAAAUAAAUGGGUGCAGACCAUGAAGCGGUAACAUUCUCGACAGUUCGGAUGGAUUAGUUGCUUAUGAAAUAAAUCAAAAACCAUAGCUGCAUUGGGACGCGUCGAACUCUGCAAGUUGGCAAAGUUGUCUAAACCCCACCUUCGGACAUGGUCCUAGGCGCUUAUUCUGAUGUGCUGAGAUGGUGCAUCAAGACGUCCACGUGCGAUAAACUACAGUAAGUGGGCUAACUCAAAAAAUCUCAACAGAAAUUCGAAAUGCGUUUCCGUUUCGAAAAGACUAAUUAAGUUGAGUUUUAAAACCAAUUAUCGUGCAACAUAAUUCUGUAAUAAUUCAGUUACUCCAGGACGCCGGCUUUCGAACAAACUUUGGCUGCAUCCAAAGCCCAUACCCCGCAAAAAAUGGCUUCAUAAGUAGCAUGCAUUUUUUCAUUGAUUUUCGAUGCCCUUAAAGGUUGAAUUAUAUUUCAUGGAAACAUGCAUAAAAAUAUAAAUUCUUUCGCUCAUUCAAUGGAAAAUUUUGUCUUCUUUCAAGUUUACGCUCAUGGGAAGGGUAUAAUUUGGUUUCAUAAUACUUUUUUCAAUUCCCGAAUAAUUUUGAACCCAACCUGCCGUUAUACUUGCAUUCAGGGUUCCCAAACUACAAGCCAUAUAAUUUCAGCGUACUGAAAACGACACAUUUCUCUACGGCAAUGAAGGGGGGCCAUAUAGGGUUCAUAAAAUUAAGUGGUUGAUUUGAGCCACAUUAUUAACUUUACAAGCCACAUUGGUAAGUGCAGUGACAUGACGUUUUAUGAAGGGCCAUUUCACGGUAUUAAAAAAUCUAACAAUUGGAAACUUUUUAAAACCGAAUUAUACCAUUCCUUCGAAUAUGAAAUUAAAAGAAGACGUAGUUUUUUUUACUGAAUAUCUAAAGGAAUGAAUAUUUUUAUGCAUGUUUUCCAUGAAAUGUUAUUGAAUCUUUAAGGGCAUUGAAACUCAAUGGAAAAAGGCAUGCUACUUAAAUGGCCAUUUUUGCAGAGUAUGGUGUUUUAAUGCAGCCAAAAUGACGCUUGUUCCAAAGCCAGUAUCCUGAGGUAACUGAAUUAUUAUAUAAUUAUGCUGCAGGAUGAUUCGUAUAACAACCCUACUUAAUUAAUCUUUUCGAAAAAAGGCGUAUUUCGCAAUUUCUGUUGACAUUUCAUGAGUUAGCCCACCUACUGCAUGCCUCAUCGAAGGCACCAUAUGCGACUAUCGUGUAUCAGUCAAUAAGUUAAUUGGGUUUUCCUUUACCCAUAAAGAAACUGAAGUGCACGCACCAUGUUUGGAUUGAAUGGGCACUAAUGGCGAAGUCAUGAACAGUUUUCCGCCGAUCGAUACCAGUUCUCGGGUGAAGCGCGUUUACCCAUCAGGUAACUGGACGUGUUUGGCCCGCCUGCUACUUCCUGCAUAUACUACAGGCCGCUCUUCGACUGCCUGUAAGGUCCUGGCUUGAGCCACAAGACCCAGUGAAAGAGCAUGUUCCCUAACCGGGUUGGCGAACGCACUUCCCACGAUGGUUAACUGUCCCGAUCGCGACCGAUGGGUCAACAGUGAGAAUUGAAAACCGCUAAUUUGCCAAGACUCCGGGUUCGAAUCCCCUCUCAUUCGGGCCUGGCUUGUGGCAAUAAGCUAGAAAUGCCUAUGCCAGUCUUCCUUGCCUUUUUCACUAUUCCCUCCAGCAUAAAAGUCAUGAACUAGUUCCCCGUCCGACAGUUGACUUGUGGUCCUUCUUUUUAAGACAUAUUCUCCCUAGUGGUUCGUUUGUACAGCCGCUUCCCCUAACCUUACUCACAGUCUCCUAGUAAAAGGCGGUCAACAUUAUGUUUUAUUUCCUUAUUCGAUUAGGUGACAGAAUUCCUCUCGUGAGCCGUUUUGAGCGAUGAGAGGACGUACCCAUCCUAGUCUCCGAUGUUGCGCUGUACAUUCAAGAACAAAUUGUGGCCUUUGUUUCCUGCUCUGGAUCCAGCUAUUGCCCCUCUUAUUCAUGCACCCUCAAUAGUCCUUGAAUGUUUCUCUCAUUUCUGCUUGCUUAUUGAUAGCAUUACUUAUAGUCGUUUGAAUGCUUAGGCAUCAGGCUGCGAAAGUACAAGAUAUCAAUCACUUUGCUAGCUUUUUCAUCGACCACCUUGCUCUCUUUGAAAUUCCACAAAGGUCCGCAAAGGAAAUUUAGCCGACUCUGGUUGGCCCUCUCUGUCAAGCCCCAGUCCCUCCGUUCCGAGCCGCAGGAAUGGGCAACAGGCUGUAGUCUUACCCUCUCUACGCACCCCCGUCAACAUCCCAGCAGAGCACUCCACGUCGUCUGGUCGAUCCGCGGUUGGCCCGGCUCGAGGAGGAAGUGCGGACGCUCGCAGGCCCACAGGUCGUCUAGAUCGAGACGGUGUAUGGCGACCAAUAAGCGACUCGGGUGAAGGUCGUCCACGAGGAGUGACUGGCCUCCUUCCCUCUCCCAGAAGAACCUUCAGUCCUCCACCGCGCAGUCCCUACGACAGUCUGGAUCUCUUUCUGGCACACGAACGGGAAUUGCAGUCGCCCGUUAGUGUACCGCCCUCCCUGACUGGUGGCAGGUCACCGGACAGCAGGGGAAGCCUCCUCUCUCAGACUGAAGUCCGGAAAGGUGAGCUCUUCUUCCCUGCUUCUCGCUCACGCGUUUCCUAAAACCGGACAGCAUUUUCAUUUUCGCUCUGCCCGGGUGCAGACUGAGAGUCCAAUGCAUGCGUACGCACAGACCUUUUUUUCACUCUGAAACGACGCUUUUCAGAGAGAUAGGAAACUCCUGUCACUUUUGCUGCAGUCUUUUGCGACAAACUUUGCUGAGUCGUAACUAUAUCUAGACGGAUGCCGACAAGGAUAUGUGAAACUGUACUGGGCAAUUCUGGCUUAUAAUCCGUCGUCUGCCAGCCAUAACCCAGCCCCUGACCUUUGUGGCCUGAACUCCAAACAUGGGCUCUUGGGUAAUUAAACCUUAUGUCACAAAAUAGCACUAACUUAUGGAUGUUUGUACUCUCGAUUUGGACUCAACUAAAUACCCCAUCGAACACCCGAGUUCCGGACAGAAAUCAUAUGUUUAAAAGAAGGCGAAGGCACGAUCACUGGGACAGGAGGUUUAUUUGCCUGAGCUUUCGAACUCGAACUAGAGUUCAUCAUCAGAGGCUACUCGAGUGCAGCAAAUUGUGAACUACGGCAUCUCCGGGACCAAUUAACAAAGAACGGCUACCCAAAUAGCUUUAUCAGUCGCUGCAUACGCGCACACCCACGCCGGACAAACGGAAGGGAGACACCAACAAUUUGGCACUCCCUACCGUACAUAAAGAAUGUGUCCGAGGCUACAGAACGCAUCGCGUCAGAGCUAGGCGUGGGCAUCGCUCAUCAUCCGGCGGCCACCAUGCGUAGCAGGAUCAUGAAGAUGAAGGAUCGGCUGGACGCUGGUGAACAGUCGGGCGUAGUCUAUCGAAUCCCGUGCCAAAACUGUCCUUGUCACUACACAGGCCAGACAGGACGACGUCUGAGCUCACGAAUACUUGAGCACAAACGGGCCGUUCGGAGAGGCGACCCACUGUCUCAAGUGGCCACUCACACGCUCGAGGAAGGGCAUGAGUUUGACUUCGCCAACACGCGGAUAUUGGCGCGAGCCGGCAACAAGACUGGGCGAGAGCUGUUGGAGGCGUGGGUGUCGGACACCAACUCCAUCAACAGACGCAUCGAUUUGCCUGCGUGUUAUCACGCGCUCCGCCCACGCAGCCAGGUGGCGCAGCUCACACCGUCGCGAAGUGCAAACGGCGUCACCACGCCGGGGGAACAUCGUGGACCAGGCGGCACAAACCCUACCUAGCCACGGACGUACUCCCCCUCCCCCCACCCGCAAGGAUGAACGAUAUAAAUGUUCACAAUUUGCUGCACUCGAGUAGCCUCUGAUGAUGAACUCUAGUUCGAGUUCGAAAGCUCAGGCAAAUAAACCUUCUGUCCCAGUGAUCGUGCCUUCUCCUUCUUUUAAACAAGAACCUGGGAUGCGCAUAUUCUCUUCCAUUCGUGAGAAAUCAUAUGUUUGCCAUUAGUUGAUAGUGACAGCAGACUUGCACAGAAUUAAUCGUACGCUCUCCUGCGUCGUACAUUUCUGCAUCUACACACGCCCGACACGACCUAGCCCUUCUACAUGUAGCAGACUUGGGUCGCGCGUAAAUGGGUGUGCCCCAGAUUAACGGAAUUAUCCUGCCAAUUGACAGACUUUCAAGCCACUACCCUUAACGCGUCGUCAUAGAUUGAAGCGCGACAGAUUUGUCAUUAGUGAAGAAUGCGGAUAAGUGCCGUGGGGAUGAAUUUCUUAAUGUUGGUUUCACUCUUUCUCUUCCCCCUUCUAUGCACCAUUCGAGCGGGGUAAUUAGCUGGUGAUGGGUUUAGUCGCGGUGACUAGCGUGGUCUGCAUGCAGCAGAUGGGUCAUAAGCACUUCAUCGAACCGAAGUUCAUCAGCGCCUCGCCACCUGUCAUUCUCUGUCGCUGCAGAUCGGGUAUUUAUUCGAUCAGGAAAGAGCUUGUUUGCUUCGUGAAGUCAAUAGAUUGGUGUGCACCCUUUCCUGAUUGAAUCAUGAGCCCUGUUUAAUACCCUCGCGGGGAUGCGAUUGACUUGUCAGGGACAGCAGAUAGUUCAGAACUUUGUUUUCGUUUGGAGUCAAGGUGGCUUUGUGGGGAUACCUGCCCAUCGCUGACUGCCUGACACUAGGCUGCGACCUAAAAAUGGGGAAGCAUGCUCUGGCGCAGCGGAAGUGGUUCUGCACGGUCCCGAACCCAGGUCAGCACAAUGAACUCCACCAGCCCAUUGAAUAAACCCUAAAAGGCGCGACCACUUUCUCGGAUGUUCCAUUACGCCUUGAUAAGUCGAACGUGCUUACUAACCUUGGUUCUUUAUGCAUUAAUCAUAGGUAACUGGGGGUGUAGACAAGGUGGAAACACGAAUGAAGGUGAAAUUUCGAGUUCCAGGUGUAUGCAUAAGUGAAGAAUAAGAAGUGCCGAGCACCGGAACACUUCGUUUAUUGUCCUGAUCUUUCAGACUCGUACAGGAGUCCAUCGUCAGCAACAGAACAAGCGACAGUUAUAAGGCAUGUAAGCUAAUCAUCGACCGGCGGCGCAAGACUGGAGGUGACUACGCAGGGCUCUGCUCGCCGGCGCCAGAUCGAUAAAUCGAUGUCUACAUGUAGCAGGCUUGGGUCGCACAUCAAUGGGUGUUCCCUAGAUUAACUGAAUUAUCCUGUCAAUUGACAGACUUUCAAGCCACAGCCCCUAACGCGUCGUCAUAGAUUGAAGCGCGACAGAUUUGUCAUAAGUGAGGAAUGCGCUUAAGUGUCGUGAGGAUGAAUUCCUCACUCUCCCUUCCCCCUUCUAUGCACCGUUCGAGCCGGGUAACCAGCUGGUGUUGGGGUUAGGCGCGGUGACUAGCGCAGUCUACGUACGGGUCAUGUCCCACGCUCGUGUAUCAGUAGUUAUGGGCUCGCGUAGACGCAUACCGUGAGGCAGUCUGGCUGCCGUUUUAGUCCAGCGCACCUGCAACACUGCCUGUUGGGGGAGGGGGGAGGGCGGUACAUUUGGAUUAAUAGAGACACGUCCUAAAGAAGGAGACAUGAUCGCUGCGACAAGAGCUUUACUAGCCUGACGUUUCGGAUUCCCGCUCGAAUCGAUCAUCAGAGGCAAAGGCAGAUACGGGUGGUUCAUGCAUAAGGGGCUGAAGUAUUUAUAGGAUCCAGCCGCUAUGUUACCGCAUACCUAUGAAUAUUCACGGCUCCCCCUUCAUCAGGGAUCGUUGCACGUGGUGUGAUGGCCGACAAUCGAGUCGUUAAUUGCUGCAAUUUCAUCACGUGCGUUGGAUGUUGGUGUGAUGAUUGCUGGACCACCUGACCCACCGACCUGGCGUUGGGAGAUGUGUUCGCCUGUGCGCUCCCCGCGUGGCCAAUUAUUCCAUCCAGGCGAAAUCUCAGAACCGAGCAUGGAAGGGGAAGGUCAUUACACUUGUUAAUGGACUGGGGGCCAGUAAACCAUGACUCAAGCGGCUCUCGGCUUACGCGGUUGUCACCUCUUGCGAGAAUUUCGGCCUCGUCAAAUCUGAAUUUAUGGCCGAAUUUCGUCGAAUGAGGCGCAACUUGAGAGCUGGCGUCAUUUCUCCGCACCGCUGCAACGUGUUCGGCCAUCCGCGUUCGAAACUGUCUUUUGGUUUCUACGACGUCGUUGCUUUGUCCGCCACUCGUCCACACAUUCACCUAAAGGCCUGGUAAACUCAAUUUUUUGGAGGACAAAGUAUUUGGGUUAGCUCAGUCACUACACCUACGUGUCAAGUCCCCUCCGGUAGCAGACGGAAGGCAGGCGUUAUCGGUAAUGCGUGGCCAUACAGAGGACUGUGGCGGCAGGUCCAGUUGGCUGCUCUCGUCACGCACAUUGGGAUUCGUGCCGCCCCCUAUUUGUGUUAUAAAGUCCUGGUUAGUGUCCAUUGUGGACCAGAGCGUGUGGUGGUACGUCUAGGUGCGGGUUUUUGCCGUGCCGGCCACCUGCGGCCUCUCCCGCCUCCGGUCUUCUUGACUUGGUUGAAACACCGGAUCCAGAUUGGGGGAGUGGAGAGACUGUGGUAGAUGAUACUCAAGUCUACUAUCACUUUAAACUAAUUCAGGCGUAAGCCACCGUCCCUGUCAUCACCCUGCUGUGGAGCAAAGGGUAGACAUUGUCGAAAUCAACGUCGGACUGGUGGUAAGCGGGAAGAGGACAUACGUGUGGACGGGGCUUUAUUUUGUACGGAAGGACUGAUGAAGAACCAGUUCAAGCAAGUACUACCGUUAGACGACGAGUGGAAGUUUGCGGGCUUCCUAAGUAAUUUUCAUGCUUCGCUUUCUGGGGAGUAAAGUUGCGUUUUUCUGUGAGCUAGAAAUUGGGACAACGAGGAGCGUAUGUCAGACUCAAACGGGUACCGUUACUGAGGCUUGGAGUUAAAAACUACCGCAUGUUUUAUAUGAAUAGCUAAAAAGCGGCAAGACGAACAAGAGGUUUUUCACUAGAUUUCAAUCUGAUUACAAGUAUUUGGCCUUCUUUGUAUCGUCGUGCGCGUGUUUUUGUGGUAGAGAACCAACGUUCUCGCAGAAAAGGUCCACAUACCGGACGACAUUUCUAAUUAACUCUCAAAGGCACACGGUCGAAAAUCCAUUAAUUCCAUUGACCACACAAAUGAGGACGGAAUGCCUGUUUUUGGCUUUAUUAGCGUCAUCGCAGCCCAUCUCAAACCCAAGUCUAAACGACUUGUUGUUUUAGCUCUUAACUUUGAACUUGAUGUACAAGGGAAACGAAGAUCGUAGGCGUCCUUUUAUCCAAUCUAGAUACAACCUCCGCUCACUCCACUUCAUUGUAUGCGGAUACAAUUAUGCUCUUGUCACUUUGAGCGCCAUUAUAGCCGCAACUCCUUAUGCAGCAACAGUAUUAUUGAAAUCUGCUGACUCGCUCUCAGGGCUCACAUUUUUAGUUAGAAGAUAAUGAAAUAACUGUUUCGUAGAGUUAUGACUGCCGCCAAACCAUUAUGAGCUUAAAACAAGAAGGAUUGACGCUAUACCAGCAGUGAAUCGUAUCAGUUGCCUUUGCUGGAAGGGACUUUUAGAAAUGAUAUUUUUUUAGAAAUUACCGUCUGCAAUGCAUCCGCUCGGUGGAUAUAUGCCAACUGUCGGCUGACACACUUAUUCUCGUGAGACUCGUGCUCUUAGAAGUCACAUAUUUGAAGAGUUUUUUAUCGGGUUCUGCAGGACUAAGUGCGUAUCUAGCGGUUUUCUCUGGUUAGACCUGCAAUGCAGCGUACAGACCUUUAUUUUUUGAACUUCUAACCGUAUGAGGAACGUUGUACUCUGGUAAAUUUUAAUUGAUAACCCAUGUGACCUUCCUAGAUUCCUCAAAUCAGCAGACCAGUUAUGUCAUAAGUCAACGUCUGCGGUCAACUUUGCGCUCACCGCUACGACACUAGGCCGCUAUCUACGCUUUGGAUGGUUUUCACAUUCGUCUUUAAAAAAUUCUCACAUCUGUAGAACUUUAAUAACGUAUUUUAUACCCCUUUAUGCAGCUCCAGCGCCUCGACGUCCUUGA